CUCAGCAAUGACUGAGUUAGCCGCACUAGUGAAUAGCAGAAUAUCGUUCAUCAAUUAAACAACAAUGUCUGGUCCACCGAAUAUCAACAAUAAUCAGCCAAGCACCAGUGGGCGUGGGUGGCUACGUACACCACCUCCUACGUAUUUCCGUUCCCCUUCACCAUGGGUACCGCCUGGUUCGACACAAGCAGGGAGAGAAACAUUUCCGAUGUCAUCUAUUGGAGAUGUGCAGUUUAACGCACGUUACAAUGAUUAUCCGAUUCAGUUGCAGUCAACGUGUGAAGGCAACGUGCCUAGUGAAAUUCAAUACGAGAAAUCGAGUUUUCCUUCUGAUGGAUCUUCUCAUAAAGACAUAGAGUACCAAGUAACGCAGAAAGAUCGAAUGAUGAGUACGCCAAAUCGUCAGAUCAAAAGACCAGCUUCUAUGAUACCCCAAUCAGAACCGGCUAAUGCCUAUUGUGGGUAUCCUCAUCAAAAAUCGAUUUCGCCUGCCACAUACAAUGCCUCGCUAGCAACGCAACGAAUGCGUCCAAUCACUCCAACACAUCAGAUGGAUCAUUUUUCUCAACGCAUGCAAUCUCAAAACCCAUCAAUUCUACGUCCAUCAGAUGGUGUAAAAAUAGCACCGCUACCAUAUAAUGUUGUGAAUUCAUCCAUUCAACCGCAGUUCAUCAUUUACGAUUAUUCGGGAGAAACUGGACCAUCCACUGCUGAAAUAAUAGCAAAUCAGUCACAAGAUUAUGUUGACGAAAAAUUGGCUGAGUACCAAGCAACUAUACAGUUACUUCAAGAUGAACAAGAACGUGUGCAAAAGAAGACAUUUGUCAACUGGAUAAAUUCUUUUUUGUCUAAGCGAAAUCCGCCAUUAAAAAUACACGAUCUAAUCCAUGAUCUUAAAGAUGGCACGAAAUUGUUGGCCUUACUGGAGGUACUAUCUGGCGAACGCUUGCCUAUGGAAAAAGGGAAGAUACUAAGAAGACCUCAUUUUUUGAGUAACAUCAAUUCAGCCCUUCAGUUCUUAACGAGCAAAAGAAUCAAAUUAGUCAAUAUCAAUCCCUCUGAUAUUGUUGACGGUCGUCCAGCCGUGGUAUUAGGAUUAAUAUGGACCAUCAUUUUGUAUUUCCAAAUAGAAGAAAAUAGUCGCAUUUUGCAUUACUUGAAUGAAAACCUUAGUGGGUCUGUGAGUAGUUUAGAUAGUAGCUCAACUUCUCACAUCUCCAGUCCCAUUAAAUUGACGACUACAAAUCAGGAUAUGCUGAAGCAAGGACCAAGGAAAACCCUGCUAGGCUGGGUGAAUAAUGCACUUCCGAAACAUGCUGGUUUGGAGGUUCGUGAUUUCGGUGCCAGCUGGCGAGAUGGAUUUGCUUUCCUAUCACUUAUUGAUGCAAUCAAAACAAAUGUGAUUAAUAUUGUUGACAUGAAGAGGUACAAUAACCGUUAUCGCUUGGAUACUGCAUUCAAUGUUGCUGAGACUGAAUUGGGUAUCGCAAGGUUGUUGGACGCUGAAGAUGUGGACGUGAACAGCCCAGACGAAAAAAGUGUCAUGACUUAUGUAGCGCAGUUUUUACAUAAAUACCCAGAUGUUAAGAACCUGAAUUCUAAGAACGAAAGCGAACAGGAACUAAUCGAUCUACUUGAUUGGCUUCGUAGUAUGGUCCGGUAUUACGAUAGCAUGAAUGGAAAAUAUCCUGAAAGUUAUGAACUUUAUGAACAAGUAUUGUAUGAAAAGACCGAAAAAUGGAAUACCUAUAGGAAAGUGAAAAACAUAUAUGCAAGUAAAACAACAUACGAAGUUCAGGAGUUGAAUACCCUAUGGUCACUGUUGGAAAAGCACAUGCAACAGUGGCUGUGGUAUUUAGAUUGCAGUCUUCCGGAUAAAUUUGGCGUUAUCGGACUUUGGCUCAGUAAUGGGGAAAAGCUACUGAAUGAUGAGGAUAUUCCGCAUAGUAUGAAUGAGGAGACUGCUUCGCUUAUAAGCAAAAAGCUGGAAGCACAUAAGGAAUUUUUCGCAUCAUAUUAUGAGGUAUUGGAAACAUUCAACGAAUUGAAAGCAUCAACUGCAGCCAAAAAACUUCCUGAAGCACAAAUCAAUAAUAUUGAAAAAAGGUUAAUAGAAAUAGAGCCUAAAGCAAAACAGCGAAGAAUCAAAUUGAAAUUCCUGGAACAUAAAUGUUGUCUUAUCGCAUUUCUAAAUCUAUUGGAAAAUAAAAUUAAUGGUGUCAAGUACAGCAACGAAGAAGUAGUGAAGCAAUCCUUAGAACAACUCAAAAACUUUGUAACUAGAAAUCAAAUCAUGCAAGAAUUUGAGAAGGCUCUCAUAGACAUGCGUCAAGUUAUUGAAGAGUAUAAGAUGGACGGAAACAUUUCUAAGAAGGAGAUCUAUAAUAUCGAUGCAUUCUUGCAAGAUAUCGAAGACCGUUGGAAAAAUGUAUCAUCAAGAUUAAUUUGUACGGAAACUAUGUUGGAAGAUGUGUUAAGUCAUUGGCAACGUUGGAAAAUAUUGUUAAAUGAUCUUGAAAACUGGAUAAUCGCAGCACACAGUGCAUUGAAAGCUAAUGAGGAUGAUAAAAUUGAAUUUUUCCAAAAUCUUAGUGCAUAUAAAGAAAAAUUAGAUAGAUUUACCGACACAUUCAAUAUACUGAAAUCGACUUGUAAUAGUGACACAGCGUGUGCUAUUGAGAAGCAAUACAAUUACAUUACGACACAUUGGGAACAAAUUUUCCAAAAUUCCAAACAAUACAUGCAUGUUGGUGAUAUUCUUCAAUACAGAUACAAGUUUAAGAACGAUGCUGCACAGUUGAGCGAUUGGAUAAGAAAAGCUGAGAAAAUUUUGGCUGGCAACAGUUUAAAAGAUUCUUACGAGAUAAAACAAUGCGAAAAUGACAUAAAACGAAUCGCAUGUGAAAUUGAGUCGAUGGAGGAAUUGUUCAAAUCGAUAAGUAAGAGCUUUCAAGCACUUAUAAAAGAAUAUUCUAGGGAUGAAGUUGAUAAAAUGAUGACUCUGAUGAAAAAAGAUAAAGAAUCAUUAGUGUGCAUCAGAGCACAGAUACCGGUGAAAUUACACCUUUUUCAUCAACUAUUGACUCAACAGGAAGCACUGGAAACAGGACAACGUGAAAUUACGGAAUGGUUAGAUGAUGCAGAAAGCUUACUGGUUUCAUAUUCCUUCAAUAACGACCCACAACAAACGAAAAACAAUAUUUCGAAGCACAAAUCAUUUUUCAGUAGAACAUUAUACUACAAGUCAAUGCUAGAGAGCAAAAAUAACGUUUUCCAAAACCUCCUGAAGCUCACUAACACCGACAGAAGCGUAGAUAUAAGCAACACUUCUGGUAAAAUGAAACAGCUGAAUGAACGUUUCGCAUAUGUAGUCAACAAUGCUAAUGAAUGGGAGUACAAACUACAAGAGAACUUAAAAGCUUGGGAACAAUUCCAACGUAGUCAAACAGUAGUAGAAAAUUUUCUACGGCAGGCUGAUGCAUGGCAAAACGCAUCUGUACCAUUAGAAAAGACAGCUGACGUUGAAUCCCAGUUAGACUUUUUCAGAAACUCAGACCAAUCUAUUAUUAGCAAACUUGAAACCGACACGGAACAACUUCUCAAAUACUUGCCACCAAAUGAACAAAACAUGCUUAUCUCAAUAAUCAAAUCUAUUCAGAAACAAUGGAGUGAUGUUAUCGCAAGAAUACCUAAUCAUUUAUUAAAGUUAGAAUUCCGAUUGAAUGAAAUUAGGUUUUAUAAAUAUUUACAUGAUAUCGAAAAGGAACUCAAUGCCGAAGAACAGGCAUUCAACUGCAAUGCCAAUUUUGAAGGCAUCAUGCACCGUAAUGUUGAGUUUUUCAAAGCAAAUGAUCUACAUCAGGUGGAGAAAAUUCUCGCUGUUCUAGAGAAAGUAAAUUACAUUUAUAUAGAAAAAUUUGCUAACGAUCGCGCACUAUCUCAGCAUUAUCAGAUGGCUAAUGAUAGGUGGCUGAGCGUGUGCAAGAGAAUAGAAAAUGUAAAAAAUAUACUGCAUAAAAUUCCCGCUCAGUGGGACUCUUAUCAUGAGAAGUUCAAUGAAAUGACGCGCUGGAUGGAUAUUGUUGAUCUGGCAUUGAAGCAAAUAAUAAUCGAGAAGGAGUCGAUGGAACAGUUUGAACAGGAAAAGCUCGCGUUUCAGUUGCAAAAGUCAAUGAACGUCUGCUACGAGGCUGAUUCCAAAAAAGAAGACAUGAAAUGGUUGGUGAAAACAUUGGACUUCCUUUUGGGCCAUACAAACGAGGAACAAGCAACAAUAGAACAGGAUAAAAUCGAGAAAUUGAUUGCGCGUUACAAAACUCUCAUACCAACAAUAGAAACGACAAUGAUAAAAACUGAGACAUUUGCCAAAUGCUACACAUAUCGCCGAGAAGCGAUGGAAAUCUGCGAUCUUCUUAAUCGUAUUAGAAUACAAAGCAAAAAUGCACCCGAUCCUGAAAGUUUCACGAAGAUUAAAGAUAUGAUAGAAGAACAGAACUAUUCCAUUAAAGAAUUGGAUAAUCAAAGAGCUCAUAUAAUGAAGAUGAUUCAAAGAGGAAAAGAUCUGAGUAAAAAUGUAAACAGUCCCGAUUUCGUAACCAAAGAAAUCAAAUAUUUGGAAAGCUGUUGGAAUGACACCUAUAAUGAAGCAGCGGAUAAAUUAAGGGCACUAAAGGAGGUACAAAAAGUGUGGAAUAGUUAUAAUGAGCAGAGAGCACAAAUUGUCAAUGCAUUGAACAAUGCUGAAAUGGAGCUAAGAUCCAUUACACCUUUACAGACUGAUCCGAAAAGUGUUACACAGGAUCUAGAAACAAAAAAACAAUUAGUAUUAAAUCUGCGCCAGGUAUCAUCAAAGUCGUUAUUACAAUUGAAUGAUCUGUGUCGUGAACUAGGACUAUCGCUUCCACCAGCCUCCAUACAAGCAAUAGAGAAAGAAGCAAACGAUCUUGUGAGGAGAGUUACUAGUACUGUGAAUUUUGUAGAGAAAAGAGUUGAUUAUCUUGAAGAUUACAAUGACAAAUGGAACGAAUAUAAAGAACGUUUGGAUACGUUAAAAAAUUGGGCGAAUAAUGUGUACCCCAAAAUGGUAGCAGCAAUUAAACAGCCUCAGAUCACACCAGAAGAAAGAAUAGGAAAGACAAAGCAACUUGAAAAUGUACUCAGCGAAAAAAUUAGAAUGCUUGAAGUACUCAGUGCAAGUACAUCGGAUCUGGCUUCUAAGGAAGGCAAUCUAGGAGAAAUGAAGCGGUUGAAGAACGAAGUUGUUCGCUUACAGAGUACUUUUGUUGAACUGAACAAUGUCGUAAAUAUGGAGAAAGCACAUGUGCAUGAUGAUUUAGGUCUUUGGACGGCGUAUAACCAAGAAAUAGAUCAUAUUAAAACGUGGACUCAACAAGCUACCACUGCACCUGAAUUACAACACAAUAAAGUUACGACACUCGCCGAAGCUAAAGUCCAUCAAGCGAAGUUGGAAACAUUCAAUGAACAAUGUGAAGCAAAAAUGAAUGAAUUUCAGAAUACGGUGCAAAAGAGUAAUAGCAUCAGAUAUGGAGACAAACCUGUGGAUGAGAUUGAUAAAUGUCACAUGAUUCUCAACGACAUUCAUGAAAAUGCACAGCAUAUGAAAGGUAAAAUGGGUAAGCUUGUCUCAAAUUGGUCAUCUAUUGAUGCAGAGCUGGGAAAGUUAGAUAGUUACUCAAACAAAGCAAAUGAGGAUUUACAAAGAUUUUCUUCAGAACAUGUUAAUGGUCUACCAAUCGAUAAAUUGGAAGAUAAAAUUAAAGUAAUUAAACUAUUUAACAAUGAUGUUGCCGAGCAGCAAGCAAAACUAAUUUCCCUAGUACAUCUGUUCGAUCAAAUAAAUAAUGGAAUUUCGGACGAUGGAGUGAACACCUUAAAAAAUAAGUUUAAUCAGCUAAAAGCGAAGCUGGCAAAAAUGAGCGAAGGUUCACGUAAUUUGAUCAAUGACUACUAUCAACAAAUUGUUGUUCAACAAAAUUUCAAUGUUCAAAUGACUGAUUUUAGUAAUUGGAUGGACCAGAUUACAUCAAGCAUGAAUGAACUGGAAACAACGCCUAUAGAAGAGAUAGAUCUUGCGCUCCAAAAUGUGAUUUAUUUGCAACAACAGCAUGCUAACAGGCAGGAUAUGUUCAAUAAUAUUUAUUCACAAAUAAAACAACAUACCCUGAGUGGUUCAACCGCUGAUCAUGCAGUACUUGAUGAAACUUACUCAUCGUUGGCUAGUAACUAUCAGAACCUAGAAUCUAGUUUGCAGACAUGUAAGGAUUACUUGCAAAAAUGGUCUGAGUUCAUGCUAUGGUAUAAUAAUAUCAAAGACCAUGUUCACUUCUUGAAGGAUAACAUCAUUAAAUAUGACUUGGUAAACGAACAAGAUCUUGGUGAGGCCAACAAUAAAAUUCUUAAUGCCAAACAGUCUCUACACGAAUGGAAGAAAACGAUGAUUUCUUUGGAACAUCAACCGUGUAUCAAAUUUUUCGACAAGGAAAAGAAUUUCGUCAAUGCCGUUGGUUGGAUUGUUGAUCUAGAGAAUGAGCUUGAUGUCAUUAGAGCCCAAGUUGACUCGAAGUUGAAAGAAAUUCACAGUGCGCGGCAAAGAGCGGACAAAUUUAAAGAAAUACAGAAUCAAAUAAAUACCAAUCUUAACAACAUUUCAGCUGAACUUAAAGCUGUGGUCAAAAAUGCCAGAUUAAGCAAUAUGGACGAGUCAUUGGAGAAACUUUCAGAUUUGAAUGAAAAAAUAAGUAAUGAAUCAGCAGCAAAAACCCAAGUGCAAUGUGAAGGAAACUUGUUCAUGAAACAUGAAAUGUCUCCUGCCCUCUCCAUCCAAGAAUCUCUCGCAGGUAUAGAUAGUGAGCUGGAAAAUAUUCAGCUAGCUGUAGACGAUGCUCUCAACGAUUUCGUAAAUGUACGAGAUCUAUACAAUGAAUUUAACAGAUGCAAUUUAGUUUUCCACAAUGAACUGAAGAAUAUUAGUGCCAUAAAUAAGGCGACAGUUCUCAAUUUCAACGAUAAACCUUCCCUAGCCAAACAGCUUGAAACAUUGAAAAAAGCAUCCGAGACAAUUAAAAAAAUUAAAACAAAUGCGGAUACCGUAACAAAUAAGGGCAAUGAAUUGGUGAAAAUAUUUCGUAAUUAUAAUCCGUUGGAUUGUGAAAAUAUUCUGGAAAUUGUUAGAAAAAACAAUGAAAUAUUCAAAAAUAACAUAGAAGAACUUAUUCAUAACAGUAACACUCUGGACCAGAAAGUGGUGCUGUACAAACAAAUAGAGGAUUUGAAUCAUGAUAUUUCCUCUUGGCUAGAAAUGAUACAUGAUCAACUCAAUCGUUUAUCCGAUAAUCCAAAUGAAAUGGAGCACAAAAUUGCAAGCUACAAAUCAGAACUACCAGCUCAGCUAGCGUUCAAGGAUAACUUUACAAGUUUAUUGUCUGAAUUUGAACGUUCAAAUGACAAUGUAUUACCAAAAGACUUGGUAAUAAUGCAGACACAUAUCGAUAAAGUUUUCGCGCAGGUCGAACAAGAUGUUAACGGUAUUACUAAUAAAAUAACCGAAUAUGCAGCAGAAGAACGAGCAUUGAAGGAGCGAAUAAAAUUAACAAUUGAAAAAUUGUUCAAAAUACGUGAGGAAAUAAUGGGCUGUGACGAUAUUUCGCUAGAUAGCAGUAAACAAUUGCAGAAUUUACAUAAAAUUAAAAAAAUGAGGCAAAGGUUGAAUUUGCUUGGUGUUGAAAUAACUGAUUUGAAGAACUACUUCAUCAAUAUUGAAGCCAAGUAUGACUCUGUCAGUGAGAAUCCCGUAUCGAAAGAGUUGCAAAAUUUAGACCAGAGGUUUGGAGUUGUGUUGAAUAAUCUCAAUGAGAUCGAGAACAAACUGAACAAGUAUGUGGAGAACAUAUUUAGAGACAAACUCGUUGCUCUAAAUAGAAUAAUAAAUUCACAGUCAGAAAAACUGAAAUGGUGUCAUCCUGAGCCUAGCAGUGAUAAAUACAGCCUAGAAAUGAAACAAUCUACACUGGGAGAUGUGAAAUCUUCUAUGACUGAUUGUAAUCGUAUUUUGGGCGAAACGGCUGCCUUUCUGGAAUCGAUUGUAGAUCUCUUUAGUCAGACAAAAAUAGGCAAUCUUGAGGAUGAAAUAUCUGAAAUCAAAAACAACCUUCAACAGCUAAAAACAUUGUGUGAUCAAACCGAAUCGGAACUUGUAGCAAAUAUGAACCUAUGGCAGAAAUAUGAGCAAGAUUCGGAAGAAAUUAUCAAGUGGCUAAAGGAUCUAGAGCAAAAACAUAAAAUGGAGACCAUACUGUUGAUUGAUUUGGCUACAUUGCCGGAUAAAAUUAUCGAAUUGAAGACAGUGCGCAAUACAUUAGUUGAAUACGCGCCUAAAUUGGACCAAUUGCGUGCAAUUAGUGAGAAACUUAAUGUAAUGAAUCCGGAAUCAAGAGCCCCUAUCCUAGUACAACAUUUGCAGACAAAGUAUAAUACUUUUGAGAAAUAUUUUACAAAUAUGUUCGAACGACUUUCGGAAAUUACCGUUAGAAAACAACAGUUUGAUGAUGAAGCUGGAAAGACACGGAAUUGGAUUGAAAACAUGAAACAACAACGAAAUGAUUAUGACAUUACUGAAAAGCAAUAUGAGGAGCUCAAAGCUCGUAAAGCCGUAAUAGUAGGAAAAGAAAGUUUGAUCAAUGACACAUGCUCAAUGGGAGAAAAUUUAUAUGCGGAGGUGAAUGCAGAAUGUCGUGAUGGUAUCAGGAUGGAUAUUCUAUCUUUGAGAAAUGCCUACAAUUCACUCGCCGACGAUUAUAAUGCUGAAUUGAAACAAAUGGAGGCAGAUAUUAUGAAUAGGAAUUCAAUCGAUGAAAGUUACAACCAUAUUUCACAAUGGCUACUAGAGCUUCAAAAUAAGAUAACUAAUUUGCCGAAGCUAUAUGCAACACUUCAAGAUAAAAAAGGAGCAUUAUUCAACUACCAAACCAUAAUGAAGGACGCAAAGGCCCACGAAAACAGCCUCGCUCAGUUACAGAAAAAAAUUGUUUCCUUCUCUAAAUCAGAUUACGCUCCAAAAAUUGAACAAGCACGAGAGAGAUUUUCUAGCAUCAUGAAUGAUCUGGGAAGAGAAAUAAGAUCGUUGGAAAAACACAUUGAAGCACAUGAACGUUACAACAACACAUUGGAAAAAUCUCGAGAUUGGUUGUUGAAGUUACAACAUCAAACGAGUGAGGUGUUUGAUGACAACGAAAUUAAUAAACUAAAAAUAACAGAGGGCAUAACCAUUAUAGACCAUUUACUAUCCGAGGAAGAUUCGGCAUUAGAUGGUAUUAACGAUUGUUACAAUCAAUUCACAAUUGUAAUGGGACAAACUAACGAAGCUGGCCAUACUGAUCUUUUAAGAAUGUUUGAAGACAACAAACGAAACUGGACGUCUUUUUUUUCAAAAUGCAGAACAACUAAGGAAAAGCUAUCGAACAUGUUAGAGCAACUUGAUGCCGGUAAUAAUAAAUUGUCUGAAUGUAUCAAAAAGAUAGAAAUGACGAAAAAUGAUAUCAAGAGGAUUUCGACACAAUCACUGAAUCCAAAGCAUGAUGUUAUUGCGGAGCUCUAUGGUAUUAAAAAGGACAUUGAAAGUUAUGGAGUUAACGUUAGUAACGCAAUCGAGUUCACUCAAAAACUAAAACAGAAUCCGGAUAUUGCGCAUAAAGCGUUACAGGUUCAACAUGAUUACCGCAACCUUGCAAAUCUGUGUUCGGACGCUAUAAAGAAAACUGAGGCUACUAUUCACGAUCAAAGUGACUUCGAUAAAGCCUAUGACGAUUUUUAUAAAACGAUAUCAAACAAUGCUGAUUCGCUACAAGCACUUAAACAAUUAGUAGGUGACUUAAGUGUGUUACAAGAACGACAAGUUCGUCUGAAAGAAAUAGCAUAUAAAAGAUUGGACGACAGCAACGUAUUGGAAGAGUUGAUUAUUAGAGGCGAAAAAUUAUUCGCACACGCACCUGCGGAGACUCGUGAUUUAGUGCGACAGAAAAUAAAGGACUUACGUCAAUUGUGGGAUAAAUUUUCUGACGAGUUAGAAACAAUAACACAACAAGUGGAACAGUGUAUACUUCAGUUUGGUGAGUUCAGUUUGCAGCAGGAGCAUUUUUCAAAGUGGUUGAAAGACAUUGAGAGUUCCAUGAAAUUGAAUGCAGAAUUGAAGGCUAACAUUCAAGAUAAGCGUACUCAGUACCAAAAUCACAAACUCAUGCACCAAGAAAUUCUUUCCCAAAAUACACUGCUUGAUUCUGUAUGUAGCAGAGCACAGCAGCUAUUGACGCUAACAAGAGAUCAGCAUUUACAAACAUAUUUGGUGUCGAUUAAGGAUACUUAUAAAAGUAUAGUUGAAAAAUCUAAUGAGCUUUUGGAAAAUUUCAAUAACUGUGUGAAUGCUCAUAAUAACUAUCUACUCUGCAGUACCAAAAUAAAGAACUGGAUUAAUGAAGAGAGAAACAAAGUCAUGAUUUGUAGCGAAGGAAGCGGAGAGAAAACUGAAAUAAAUAAACGUAUUGAAGCAUUGAAUGCUUUGAAACUGUCCAAAAUGAAAGGAGACGAAAUGUUAAACCAACUGCUACAACUGCAUGCAGUGAAUAAACUUAGCACUUCAACACAAGGAAUUUCAAUGGUAGAAGAUGAAAUCAGAGCAAUUCGGACAGACUUGAGUAUGCUUUACCGGGACAUCGAAGAGUUGAUCGACAACCAAAAGGACUUUUUGUUGAGUUGGGCCCACUUCGACCAAGAUCUUGAUGUACUCACCAAAUGGUGCAGAUCAAUGGAAGCUAUUUUCCGUGGACAGCAAUUAUUCGAUGCCUUGGAUAAAAAACAAGAGCAACUGGAGAUAUAUCGUUGCAACGUACACAUCAUCAAUGAUAAACAGAAAGACAUCGAUGAUUUUGUAACCAAUGCACAGGCUUUGUUUAACAAAACAGGCGUAGAGAAAAUCAAGUUCUACAUUAAUCAGCUCAUAAACAGAUAUCAACUUCUACAAGUCUUGAGCAAGGAGGUUGUGAAUCGUGUCCAAAAUGUUGUGAACGACCACGUAAAUUACGAGGAUAGACUAUCGGAGUGCCGUUCGCGGCUAGGAAAGGUGAAUGAGGACUUGGAAAAAACAACAAAAGAAAAACUGUCAUCAAUCAAUCAGUCCGUGUUGCAACACAUCGAAAUUGAGAAGGAAAAGUUAGAAAAUAACAUUUCCAGCUAUAUGACAGCAAGCGAAAAAGUUAUGACAGAAACAAAUUCAAUAGGGCGUGAGAAAAUUCGUGAAGAUAUUGGAGAUAUUAAAGAUCAAUGGGAUCAACUAGUACUUGGAUUGAGUAAUUUGAAGAAACAAUUCGAUGUAAGAUCGGUUCAAUGGUCGUCGUAUCAAGAUGUGCUGCAACAGGUAUUUUCUUGGUUGGAGGCAAUCGAGAGAAAAAUAGAUGCUAACGAAAUUCAGAGCUGGAAUUCUAUUCAGGAGAUACGAUCUAAACUGUUCAAAUAUAAGGCAAUUUUGCAAGAGAUAAUGAGCCAAAAACGUGUUAUUGAUUCGUUGAAUGAGAAAGCAGCACAAAUAUUGGAUGAGAAAGAUGAAGCAGUGGUGGCCAAAAUGCACUCCAUCAAUGAACGUUACGACAUAGUGCGAAAGACUGUGACCGACAUUAUAAAUAAACUUGAACAGUCACUAGGAGUUUAUAACAAAUUCAACGAGCGACAGAAAAUGCUCCUCGAUGAACAGGAGGCACUGUUAAACGACUUGCAGUAUCUUUCGGAUGUUUCUGGGAAUCAAAAGACAGUACUAGAUAAGAUUCAAAAAAUCAAUGAUUUGCUGAAUGAGGUACCAGAUAUUAAAGAAAAGAUUCAUAAUCUAUCGACUCUUUUGACGGAUAACAGAGAUCUAAUAUCUAAUAAUGCGAAAUCGAUAAUUGAACAAGAUAUAGCUAAAAUACAUAAUGAUUUCGAAAAGUUUAUCUCUUCGAUCAAUGACGCGAAAAUUGAGUUGGAAAAACGUCAUAGCCUAUGGAAUACAUACCAGAACGAAUUGGAUAACAUUAAUCGUUUCAUGACUGAAGUUGAAGACUCAAUGAAGGAUUACACACUCAAGAACAGUUUGCAUGAGAAACAAGAGCAACACGAGCGAUAUCAAAUCUUGAAUGGAAAACUCAAACAGAACAAUCUUCUGUACGACAAACUACUAGACAAAUCGUCAGAACUGCUUCAAAGUAGCGGAGAUAAGAAAAUUUCGUUCAAUAUGCAACAAUUGAAAUCUAGGAUGCAAUCGGUUGACAAUACAAUGAAAGAAAUCAUUAAAAAAUGUGAACAAGCAUUUGAAGAUCAUAAAUUGUACAAACUGAAGUACGACGAUUGCAUUAAAGAACUUGAAGAAAUUAAAGAGACGUUUGACAGUAGCAAAGGGGAAAAUAACUCUAAUCUUCAUGAUAUAAUAAGAAUAUUGAAAACGUUCGUCGCAAACCAAAAUGCUAUGAGUGUCAAAUGUAGCUCGGUGUCAGAUAUGGGCGAAAUGCUUUAUGCUUCAACCGCCAUGGUAGGUCAACAGGCAAUCCGGGUAGAGAUACAGGAAUUAUUGGUCAAAUUUGAGCGCACUUUCGAUGAUAUAAACUCUUAUCUGAAAACGUGUGAAGCAAGAAUUUCAAAACUUUCCGGUUUGAAUGAAAAACUGGAGCAACUCCAGAACUGGAUUAAUUGUCUCGAGUUUAAUCCCUUGAAGGGAAUUAUUUUGAAGCCCACUCUUGACGAGAAGGUAUCGCAACAUCAGGCUUAUGUCGAUCUAACUAAUGAGAUCAAAAAACAAUUGCCAGAAAUAAAUGACUUAAGGGAUUUGAUAGAAAAUCUCAGCGAACGAGAUGCAACCAUCGAUUCAAGCUACGGUGCACUAAAUGAAAACUACAUGAAAUAUUUAGAACAGAGUCAAAAUUUCGCUAUCGCCUACGAGAAAAUAACAUAUAAUCAUCGUCAGUACUGUAAAGUGGUAUUGGAAACAUCCGAUUACAUUGAUGCUAACCACAACACUAUUGAAUUGUGGGGUGAAACUGAUCUUGACCAAGUUUCAUUGCUAGCUAAUCUGGAUCGAUUAGUUGAAUUACGGAAAUCGAUAACGUCGGAAACAUAUAGAAUUGAUCAAAUUCGUGAAUUUGGAAACGCAACUAUACCAGACACAAGCGAUGAUGGACAGGUGAAUAUCAGAUCUCAAAUCGACAUUUCCCAACAAGAAUGGGAAGGUCUUUUGGUAGCAGUUGAUUCCGUCGUUGAAAAAAUACAGUCUAAAAUAGCAGAAUGGAAUAGUUAUGAAAAAUUGCGAUCAGACUGUAUGGAUUGGAUGCGGAAUAUCGAUUCCAAAAUACACUCAGUUGAUUUGAAAGCAACACUGGAUGAGAAGAAAGCCACAUUGGAAUAUCUCAAGAGUUUGAAUGGUGAAGUGAAAGCUAAGGAACUAGAAAUCGACAGUUUUACUGAAAAAGCCCAACAACUAUACAGAGGGUAUUUAAGUAGUAGAAAUUCCCAGAUAUCUGAAUUGCCUAUAAAAUACCAACAAACCGCAAACAGAAUAAAAGAACUACUAUCUCGCUGGCAACAAUACGUCAUAAGUCACCAAGAACUGGAAACACAAAUCUCCAACCAUAAACAAUGGCUGAAUGGAGUGAGAGAAAUGCUAAAUUACUGUUCAGAUUUGACAACUACAUCUGAAAAAGAAUUGCAAAGCAAAUUGAAAGUUAUUCAGGAGCUAAUAGUGAAUAAGGAUGAAGGAACAUCGAGAUUGCAGGUAAUUUGUGAUUUGGCACAACAAGUAUUAGCAUGUACAACAUCAUCAGGUCAUGAAUCUAUAAACCGUGCAGUGUCUAUGUUACAAGAUGAUUGGUCUUCGUUGACGUUGAAGAUGGUUGACAUAAAAACUCAUUUGGACGACGCUAUCAAUCAAUGGUCUGGAUUCCUGGAUCAAGUGAACGACCUAAGGAAAAACAUUGACUGGAUGGAAAAUGAAUUGAAGAUAUUUUCGGAGUUCCAAUGCAAUAUGGCAGAGAAAAGAGCACAAUUGGAUAGAAUUAAAAACGCAGAGGAGAAAAUUCGUAUUGAUCGUAUCGAAAUAGAGCCAUUGAAACUAAAAGUUUCCGAUAUGAGUAGCUCUGGUCAACAGACACAAGCCGCUUCAACAGCUAAAACAAUUCUAGCUAAAUUUGAUUACAUAGCAGAACAAGUGAGUAAAUUGCUUGCGGAGAGAGAAGACCAGUAUCGAGACCACCGAUUGUAUAAAGAAGCUUAUGAUGACUUGUCCAGUUGGAUAGGUAGAGCACGAGAAAAGCUACCAUGUGUCAAACAACAAUCAUUAAGUGAUAAACUCUCAAUAGACAACGCUAUAGCUCCGCUUGAUUCACUGACGAACAAAAAGGCUCAAGGGGAAUUGUUGGUUGAACAUCUAGUCCAUACUGGUGAGGUAGUUAUUGCUUCAACAUCUGUAAAAGGCAAAGAAUUGAUCAAAAAAGACAUUGAGGGUUUGAAGAGUAACUUUGAAAACUUGUUCAAAGAUAUCGAUAAUCAAAAACGUAAUCUUGAAAAUACUUUGUCGCUACUUCGAGAGUACAAAGAAGAAUAUGAGCGACUAUCAGAAUGGCUGCAACAGAUUGAUAUCAUUGUAAAAAAUCAUAAGUUAGCAAUGUUGUCUAAUUUACAAGAGAAGGAAAAACAAGUUAAAGAUAUGCAAGACGUGAUCGUUAGACUCGACAAUGGUCAAACUGAUAUAGAUAAAUUCAGCAUAUUUGCGGCACCUCUUCUGCAUUCUCAUCUAGACACAUACAUAGGCAACCAGCUUAGGCAUCUUACUUCUAGAUAUCAAGUUCAAGUUAAUAUCGCAAAAGACGUACUGAAAAAAGUGGAGUACAAUUGCCAAAUUCAUAGAGAGUAUAAAGAUAAUCUAGCGAAGGCAACCAGUUGGAUUGAUAACGCGAAGGAAAUUGUUCGAUGUUCUACCGAAAAUGUUGAAAACGUCAGUAAAGAGAACCUAGAGAAGCGGCUUGAAAAAGUUGUGGAAAUAAUACAGCAGCGUGAGCAUGGUCAAAACCUCGUUAAUAAUACCGUUAAUACAGGAGAAAAGGUUGUAAAAACGACAAAAUCUGACGGAAAGGAAAUUAUUAACAAUGAAAUCAAAGAUAUCCAGAAUAGUUGGGAUCGCCUGGUGAAAAAGAUGUCUACAGCUAAAGUGCAUUUAGAAACAAACUUACUACAAUGGGCAGAUUACAGUUCUAGUUACAACCACCUUCAGCAAUGGAUACAAGAUCGCGAAUCGAAACUGCAAAAAGUGUGCGAGCAAAAAGUUGUUAGAUUUAAAACAGGCACACCUAGUAGUCUAAGCAGUGGAUUAAAUGAAAGAAGAGCAAAUCUACGCCAGGCCAACGAUAUUGUACAAGAUAUUGUAUCGUUUGAACCAAUGAUUCAAUCCGUUGCUAACAAAGCUUCUGAUCUACAUCAAACGUCACCAGCAUCUGAAAUUUCGAAUAAAUAUGAGAACCUUAGUAAACAAGCGAAGGAACUUUUUGCUAAACAAAAAGAAGCAGUUGAACUCCAUCAAGCAUUUAUUGAUUCCAGCAACGAAUUUGCUGCUUGGAUUCGUAACGCUAAAGAAUGCCUAAGCAAAUGUUCUGAUUAUAGAGGCGAUCGAGAUUCUUUGAUAUCGAAAAUGACUCAGCUGAAAAUCCUCAAUAAUGACAUAUCCAUAGGUCAGAAAAAGCUUGAAAAAUCAUUAGAACAAGCUGAAAUAGCAUGUCGGAACGUUGAAGCAGACGAAUGUGAAGCAAUUGAGAAAGAAGUAGCUAUUCUUCAAGAAGAGUUCGACAACUAUUGCUUGGCUUUGAAGAAAAUAGGCUCGACGCUAGAAAGUGGUAUAGUGCGCUGGACCGAGUAUGAUGAUCAAUACAAUAUCGCUUCUAACUGGUUGGACAAAUUUGAACAAGAAAUUCAGUCAUAUAACAAAAUGCAAAAUAGCUUGGAGGACAAGAAAUGUGUAUUAGAGCAAUUUCAAGAUAAACUGCAAACCUUAUUCGAUUGGCAGAAGGAACUCGAUAAUCUUAACAUGAGAGCUCAAGUACUUUUGGAUAUUUGUGCCGACACCCGUGUCAGCAAUGGUGUAACCCAACUAACUACUAAGUACAACGUAUUGCUAUCUUUGGCCAAGGAAAUUAUGCGACGCUUGGAAUUACAUUACCAAGAACAUCAACAACAUAACACUCUGUAUGGUGAAUGUCAGGAUUGGCUUGACCGCAUGCGAGAAAAACUCAACGAAUGUGAGUCAUCGCCUCAAACAGUAGCAGAAACGCAAUCGAAGUUGAAUAUCAUAAAAGGAAUUCGUCAGAGUCUUGAACAGGGUCAAAAUAAAUUACGAUAUUUGUUUGAGCUCAAAGAGAAAAUUGUGCUCAGUACCGAAUCUAACGGAGCCUCAAAAAUUGUAGAAGAUACUGAAAAUCUCAAAACAGAAUAUGAAUCCCUUAUGGCGGAUAUCAACGAUGCUCGUCAAAGGCUGAUGAAUCACUUGAGUCAACUAGAGGAUAUGGGAAAACUUUCAAAAAUGUUAUCUGAAUGGGUCGAAGAGGUGCGUGGAAAACUGGAAGAUACUCCUAUACUUGGUGAAUUGUCCGAAAAAAGGAUGGCUUUGGAAAAGUGUCGCGCAAUUUAUAGGGAAACGGGUAAUUAUAAUGAUAUUGUAGACAAAAUAAAGAACAAAAUGUCUGAAAAUCCAAAUAUAAAUACCGAAAGUCUGAAUAAAUUAAUACAAGACUACGAAGCGCUGAUAUCUAAUGUUGGAGUCGAAAUUGAACGGCUUGAGAAUCAGGUUAAUAAUUAUGAAAAGUUCAAACAAGCUCUACAAGAUCUGUAUGAUUGGAUGAAGCGUACUCGCCAGGACACCGAGAAACUAUCAGAUUAUCAUGGCGAUAAGGCUUUCAUUAUCGAACAAAUAAAUAAAAUAAAAUCUGUGGAAAUGUCACUAGCCGAGGGGAAAAUUCUGUUGGAAAAUUCACACGUUCUCGGCAACAAGCUGCUGUCUAUUAUAGGACAAGAAGGACAAGAUGCAAUUAAACAAGAAAUUUCACAAGCCAAAUCAGAUUGGGAAGACGUAGAAAUGUGUACAAAGAUUGUUCAUCAGACAUUAGAAGAUGUUUUGGCUUCAUGGGAGAGCUUCAUCGAAAAAUCCGAUAACUUGAACUCUUUCAUUCUUGAGUACCAAGCAAAAAUUACGAAUUUCAACGAUAAGAUCGACGAUGAACAAGAAAACAACCUGAAAGAACUGAAGCAUAUAUUGGAUAUUAUUACGACCAAACGAAAUACUGUUGAUGAGUUGAAUGACGUCUGCGAAGUUUUAAUGGAGAAGAGCGCUUGCUCUAUGGUUCGAGAUCGCACCGUUCAUCUCCAAAAAUGUUAUUCUUCACUACUAGUGAACUUGCAAGGAAUAAUAGCGAAGCUGGAGAAAAACGUUGUGGGUCAUACAGAGUUUGUUUGUUAUAAAGAUGAUCUCAAAAAGUGGAUCGAUGAUGCAAACAAAGUGAUAAGAGAUUCACAGGAUACGCCUUCUGAUGAUAUAAUAACAAUCAGACAAAAAAUAAAUAAUAUCCAAAUACUUUCCAAUGUUGUUCCAGAAGGUCAGAAAUUAUUCGAAAUGUUGCAAGAUACUUUUACAAAAUCAUCAUAUCUGUAUUCUGAGGAUAAACAAACAGAUAUGUUCCAACAUGUCUCUGGAUUGCGAGAUGAGCUAGAUUCAAUUAUAAUGAAAAUAAGCUCAACACAAAAUGACCUCAACUCUAAGUUUAACCGAUUAGAGAUAUACGAAGACCUGAGAGCUCGAGUGACAGAUUGGUUGAAUGCAACCGAAGAGGUACUCGAAUCCUUUCCUGAGACUCGUGGUGAAAUGGGCGAAGUUAAGAUACUUUUGGAAAGAGUCAAGCACAUACAAACAGAAAUAACAUUUAAGCAGGCUGAUCUAGAAAAUAUUCAACAGGAGGCACACCUCUUAUUCGAUUCUGCCAGAAGCCCUAUUGAACUGGAUCGAUUGACAAAUCUUCAACAGAGAAGUAUUAAGUUAGAAGAGAAAUGUAGGUACUUGAUCAAAAAUUUAGAAGUAGAACUACAGGAACAGAUGGCUUAUUAUCAAAAUUUGCAAGAAAUUGAAAAAUGGUUGCUCCAGAUUUCGUUCCAACUAAUGGCGCACAAUUCACUGUACAUUCAUAACAGAGAGCAAACACAGGAGCAAAUAGCCCAACAUGAAAAACUUCUAGACGAGAUCCAGCGUUACCAAAUCAAUAUUGAUGAUUUUAACAUGAAAGGACAAUGUCAAAUUGAUCGUUAUGUACUGAAGGCUCCUGAGAUUAAAAACCGGAUAGAAAAUCAAAUUAAGAACAUAAAAGAGAGCUAUGGCUCAUUGCUGAAUACUUCCAUUCAAAUCAGAAACCGUCUACACGAUUCAUUCAAUAAGUUCCAAGAAUAUGAAGACACUCUAGAUGGCAUUAUGAAGAAUCUCGAUGAGAUUGAACCUGAAGUGCAGAAAGAGAAAGAAGUUAAUAUUUCCAAUUAUGACGUAGGAAAGAUGAUGCUCGAGAAAGCUCAGAGUUAUCACAACAAAUUACAAGUAGAAAAAAGUCGAUUGGUCCAUGCGGUCCAAGCAUGUGAAGCAGCAACAGCUAGUAUCAGCCGUCCUAGCUCACCAAUGGAAAGUGCUCAUCAAGUAAUUCCAGAGAAAGAGCUAAUGGUUCGCGCACGUUUGGAGGAUCUCAUAGAUGAGGUACACACAUGGAUUACAGAUCUUAUCGCGUCCAAAAAUGAUUGGGAGCGUCAACAUAAACAAAUGGCAGAAUUAGAACAGUGGAUUGAUAAACAAAAAUGUUUAAUAAAUGACUGGUAUUCGAAACCAGCCAAAUUCCGCACAGAGUCUGCUGAACAAGAGUUACGACAGAUGAAUGAGUUACUGAGGAACAUCGCAAUUAAAAAAGAAGAAUUAAACAACCAGGAUCCAACAUUAUCAGCCAAAUUGAAUGAUCUUCAAAAAUAUCUAAGGGAAGUUAUUGAUAAAAAGUCGAACAACCAGCUUACGAUUGAAAAGUAUAGAAAAUCUCAUGAAGAUGCACAGAAUUGGUUAGAUGCUGUAAUUACCCAGAUUGACAACCUGGAGAAAGGAAGCGGGUUGAACUGUAAACAAAAGUUAGAAAGAAUUUCUAACAUAAAGAAAAUUUUAGAAGACGAUUGUGACGUCAUUUCAAAUUAUAAGCAAAACGCAGCACAUGUAGUCGAUAUUGUGAGCAACUUGGACGCACAGCAAAUAUCCGAACAAAUAAAGUCAGUCGAACGUAGACAUAAUGACAUUCGGAAGAGGCUCAAUAGAAAAUUAGAAGUUAUCGAUUCUGCCUACAAAAUCUUUUCGAAAAUUGCAACUGACAUAAAGGAAAUGAGUAAAUGGAUAACCGACAAAAAUGAGUUAAUUAAUACGCAGCAUCUUCUUGGCGCUGAAACUAAAUCAGCUGAAGCCCACCAGCAAGUGUUCAAGGGACAUUUGAAAGAAACCGAAGCAAAACAAGCAUAUACUGAUACUAUGGGAAAGAGAUUAUCAAGCAUUCAAACUGAUUUGGAAUCUGAUGAAAAACAGCAUAUGAAUGAAGACAUUCAGAAACUAGUGAGAGAUCUUAAUUCGCUGAACGAACGCAUUCGCAAAGAAAUAGACAAAAUUAUAGAGGACAUACUUUGCCGGAAAAACAUGCAAAACAACCUAGAAAUGACAAGGUCUUGGAUAAAAUCAAAACAAAACGAUGUAAACAAAAUUUCGCUACAUGUACCUUUAAUGGCGUCAAAUAUUCUCUCAGAAAUGAAACUGUGUAAACGACACCAGCUUGCAAUACGCGAAUUUGAAGCAAAUGCCUUCAAAGACGUUAACAGUCAGGUUAACGAAAUCAUGAAGGAAUGCAAUGAAGAAGGCAGAUUGAAACUAUCGCAUGAUUUAGAUGAAAUCAGAAAUAAAUUGGAAGCGUUAAUUGAGAGCUGUGCCAGCAAAAUAGAAUUCAUGGAGCGAGAACACCACAAACGUGGUGAAUUUGAAGGAAGAAAGGAAAAAUUAUCAAAUUGGUUCACCGAAGCUGAGUCAAUUGCUUCUACGGAUAUAAGAGUAACGAAUUUGAAUAUUCUCAAAGAACAAAGAGACAAAUUUAUGAAUACUCUUGAGCAAUGCCCUUCUAUAAAGGUAUGUUUGAAAGAACUAAACGAAUACAAAGACUCAAUUAUACCCACGUUGAACGAAAUGGAUAAAAAUAAUAUCACUAAUCAAGUGAAAUCGAUGAAAGAAAAAUGGAACACACUAGAAAGUUUGCUUACAAAUAAAUGUAAAAAACUAGAAGAUCACAUCAAGGAGUACGAGGAUGCAAUGACAAAAAUAAAUAAUUGUGCAGAAUUUCUCGCAAAAGUUCAAAAUCAAAUUCGUGAUAUGAACAGGCCGAUCACGAGUAAAAUUGAAAACAUUCAAGACUUUUUAAUAGCCUACGAAACCAUAUUGGGAAGUCUAAAGGAAAAACGAAUUGACUUGAACACAAUUCUCUUACCAAAUAUACCACAGUUGAGAGAAAAUGCAACCAAAAUAGAAGAGAUGAUAAUAACCAUUGAAGAGCAGCUCAGACGAUUAAAAUCCAUGUUAACCAUGAGAGAUUUCUUUAUUUCAUCAAUAAAUGAAGUUGUAAAGAAGAUUGCAAGUAUAAAUACAGACUUCAAUGAAAUAGAUCACUUCUCUAAAAAUGUAGAUGACAGACUGCACAAGUAUGUUGAAAUUUUACAUCAAAUCGAGAAUUGUAAUGACUUACUUGCAUCUGCUUCUCAGAAGGGACGCGCAAUAGCAAACGAAGGUACAGACCUUGAUCGACACAAUAUAUCAGAUCAACUGCAUGCCCUUCAAAUGCAGCUUUCUUCUAUCAAACAUAAUGUAGCGGCUGAACAAGAGAAAUAUCAAAAACAACGUAUUUAUCACCAAACAAUGGAGAAAGAACUGAUUGCUCUAUUAGACUGGUUCCAACAAAAUUGUGACCUUAUAAAAUCUCGUCCUCUGUAUGGUGAGGAUAUAAAAAUCUCCGCCGAUCUAAUAUCGAAUCAUGAACGUCUGAGUAAUCAAGCUCAUUCAAAUUUAAUGCAAAUCGGUGCACUUCUGGAUAAGUUGAAGUAUGACCCGAAACUACCUGCAAGUCUUCAAGAUCUGGUGGAAAAAGCACAAACACAGAAUGAUGUAGUACCGAAAGAGUUAGCAUCACGUGAACUUUAUUUGCAGCAGAACCAUCGGAAUCGUUUAGAGUACAAUGAAACCUAUAAUAAAAUCGAACAAUGGAUUGUCAUGGCUGAGAAACGGCUUGCACACCCGAUUCAAUUCAAGUUUGAUCUGAACCGUAUUGAUCAAGAUGUCAAUGAGUUGAACAAUUUCUUCGAAAAUGAAACGGAUAUGAAAAAUUUGUUGUUCCAUAAUAUUCAAGAACAAGCGGAUCUUUUCUGGAAUACACUCGCUGAUUCUGACCAAGAAAGGUGUUUAACAGCACUGCAAACACUGAAAACGCGUCUUUCGGAUAUUUCACAUAAUGGAGCGGUGCGACAGAACAGUUUACUUGCGAACAGAGAUCUAGUUCAAAAAUAUCGUGCUCAAUAUGAGAAAGUUCAAUCGUAUUUGCGAAAAUGCAAGUUGGGGGAUACCAUCUUGGCAAUGCCGUCAUUGUCAACUCGUAUAGAUCAUAUGAAUGAAUUGCUAAAAAUAUUACAGGCGAAUCAGCAUGAGCUAAACACAUUCAACGAGAUAUCUGCUGAAAUAAUUGGCAAAGCUAGUCAUUUUGAAAGUGAUAACAUUCAUAAGGAUAACGUUGAAGUCAAUCGCAACUGGACCAAUGACACAAUUCUUUUAGAAAAUCUUCUGGAAAAUUUAGUGCAGUUACAACAACAGUGGGUUCAAUUGGAAAGCAUAUUGCAAGAACUGGAAACCAAAUCGAACGGUCUACUGGAUAAGGAUAAGAGCCUGGAUCUUAUUGUACGUUCGAAGGACGACAUUGAAUCAAAGAAGCACACAAUCGAGAAUUUAUUGGAAGAUAAAGCAGCCCUCCAUCAGCUGAACGAAAAAGCAAACAAUUUAGCCAAAGCUCUGAUAAAAGCCUUACGUGAGCAGCAUCUAUCGCCACAUUCACUUGAGGAAAAAUUAAAUCACCUGAAUCAAAUCGAUCUGAGAUUAUCGGACAAUUUACAGACAAAGCAAAGACUACUACAGGAUAUAUCUGAUAACCAUCGACACUUUUCAAAUUUAAUUUCUAAUCUUCACCAGGAGGUUGAAGUCUUGUUCGAACAACUCAAGAAAAUCAAUCCAUAUGACGAAAAGCUGUCGCAAGUAGAAAAGAAUCUCGUCGCAAUAAAAUUCAGUGCGGACGAACACCUAAAUCAGAAACGAUUAAUUAUCCAACAAGUGGAAGAAAAAUACUUGACUUCGCAAGAAUUCAUUCCGACUGAUUUGUCGGAGCAGAUAAAUUCUUUGAAGAAUUUGUUCACAAAUCUUUUCAACAUGAUGGAGGAACACAACCGUAGCUUCAAGAAAGCGAGAACUGUUCGUACAGAUUAUUUUGUCGUCUACGAUAAGAUUAAAACAUGGAUAGAAAAUGCGGAGCUCACCAUCAGUAAUCAUAACAUCGAUCCGAGCGAACUGAAGACCAAAUUAGUUGCACUGAUCAAUGAAAGCAAAGACAUAUUGCUAGCAUACGAUCAGUUGGUUUUUAAUGGUAAUGAAAUAAUCGCAAAUUGUCCUAAUAGCAGCGAUAGGAUCGCAAUGCAAUCAAAUAUGGAUCAGAUUUCAAUUGAGCUUAAGAAAACUAUACAUUUUAUUGAGGAAAAAAAUCAAACAGUAGAUCAAAUUCUCGGAAACUGGGCGAACUUCAUGCGUGUUUAUCAACUAGUCAUCGAUUGGUCCAUGAAGCAGCGUACACUUUUGGAGCGAAAACUUCAAUUGAAUACCCUACAUGAAGCACAACUGGCUUGUCAAACCUAUUCUGGUGCGGUGUUUACUUUAGCUGACGUAACGCAAAACUUGAGCGAAAUGAAUCAUGAAUUCGAUAAAAUUAACGAAGUUUGUUCGACCGGUUACUUGAAAAACAAACUACACGAAGCCGAAAUGCUGAAAAUCGACAUAGAAACAGUGUUAUGCGAAAGGAAUUUAUUCCUUCAAGAAACGACAGAAGAGUGGCAGCAAUAUGAAGACAAAAUUGAAAGUGUUAAAGAAUGGAUGAAGGAAUCUUAUCAUACAUUGAAUUCAUCCGAAUUGAAGGACAAACCUUUGCGUGAUCAAUUAAGGAUUCUUGAACAAUUGCUUGCUGACAUAUCGGCCCAAAAGUUGAAAGUUAACAUGUCACUAGAAAAAAUACAGGUUCAUUUCCACUCGGAUAUUAUCUACACCGAUGAUUCGAAAAUCGUAUCCAGUGGACGAACUGUUCUUAGUGACCUUGACAAACUUAAUAUGGAUGUAUAUCAUACGACGCAAAACCUGGAUAAGGCGCUAACGCAGAUAGAAGAUUGCCAGAAUGACAUGCAAGCAAUACGGCAACGUAUUGUGCACGAAGAACAACAGCUUCGUACUAUUUUAUCACCUUUAAAUCAGUCCUCUGAUAGCGACAAGAAUGAACAGGGACUGCCGUUAUCCUGGAGCCACGAUAAUCAACAACACCAAAAUUAUCCUGUAGUGCACCAAGGCGUUCUACAUAAAGAUGAAUUGAAUUCACCUUCUCAGUCGUUACCAUCCUACCGAUUGAAUGAUCCUGAUGAUGUGAGCGCGUCACUUGUGGAUAAUGCAGCCCUGAAUCAAGCGUCUCCCAAUAAUUCAAAUAGUAACAGUGUUUGGAAUAAUUCAAAUCUCACGUAUGCUGAGGUUGUUGCUGGUUUACGUCGUCAUAAUGAAAUGCGAUAUCAACAACACUUGUUUGUUUCUGAUUCACGUGAACAGAUGCCUAUUAUAUCGCAUUCAGUCAUUGCAGAACUAGAUGUUGAAAACACUACUGAGAGCGCAUCUGUUGAUCCAAAUAAUGAUAACAAUCACAUCAAUCAAACUCAGAACAAAGGUAUGACCGUAAAUUCGACGAAUAGAGUGAAACGCUUCAGAAAAACAAAACGUCGACGGAAUUCUUUCGAAGAAGUCAAACCAGAAAAACAUAUAACCACAGAUUCUCCAUAUAACCGCGAUAAUGUAAAGAGUGACAACUCUUAUGGCAAAGUAGUCUUCAAUGAAACAACUGUUGUUCACCAAAAACAUCAAGAUACACCAGUUGUAAUGAAAAGACAGACUAUGGUUAAUCAAGGAAACAAAACAUAUGCUGAUGUUCUUAAAGCAAUGUCACAUGGUCAGCCACUUCCCACACAAACAUUUCGAAAAACAACAGCCGGCCAGUACCUUUCAUCCGAAAUAUCGGGCGAUUUAUGUCGUUCUGACCAAUUGAACAUAACCCGUUUCGAAUAUGAUUCACAAUAUUUGGAACCUCUCGAGUGCCAUGGGAGAACUUUUGAAUUUGCGGACAUGCCUGUCAAUGAUACUGUCGAACCAACUGAGCAAAGUGAAUCGCAUGCAAAUGAAAGAUCUCAGUUCGAGCGCAAUGCUAAGAAAUCUCUCAAAUCGAAAACCAAACAAACUUUAGCAUCUUCUUCACCAUCAGAAACAAAUGUUGAUAAAACUCGAGACUCGUCGGCAUCUGCCGUUUUACCCAUUGAAGAAGUUUGCAGUGGUUCAAUGAAAAUUAAUAAAAAAGGAAGGAAAAUAAAACCAUCAGGUAAGAAGAAUACGUUUUCAAGCGUUUCUAAACAAGAAGUGGUCGCGAAAGACGAAUUAGAGCAGAAAAUAUCAAGUGCAUGCAACGAUAAUUUGGCAGAAAUGCCUGAAGUUGUAUCAGUGAAUGUUUCCCACGUGUUUCCUCUUGAUGUGUCAAAUGAAAAAAGUGCCCAACUUGGAAGCGAACCUGUUGCAUCCGUAGUGAAAACAAGUAUUUCAAAUGUUCAGAUUGAUCGUAAUGUGAUAUAUCAUAAAAAAGAACAAGUCGAUGACAUUCGUGAAAAUAUAUCGAACACACCUGUUGUGAAAACUAUCUCCAUAAACUCCCAAAGACAAAGUAAACAUAGAAACAAGAAGAGGACAAAACCAAAAUGCUUGGAUGAAAUCAAUCCCGAUAGGGGUGAACAUAACUCAAAAAUUCAUCCAAAAGAUGAACAUAUUUUGUCAUCCGAUGGUCAAGAUGGAAUGUCUAAAGAACACAGAGCCACAUCACUAGGCAGCCUUAGUGUUGAGGAACCUGAAACAGCGUCACAAGUUUUUCAGCCUCAUGAAAAAAUUGCAUCUGUCAAAUUGGAAGAACUAUCUUCUCAGGCCAGCGAUAACAAUGAGGUUUUGACAACCACGCAAGAUACCAUGCUCAAUAAGCAAACCGCAGUCAAAACUGAGAAGAAAGCAAAAAAGACUAAAUGUGAAAAAAUACGGAAAUCGAAUUCAUCCAAAGUAAUUGCCUUACUAGAAUCAGAGAAAAAACAGUUUGAGAAAGAAUCAUCCGAAGUAGUACCCGCAAAAAUACAAACCACAAUAACAAAAGAUCGAAUAGAUUCAAUCAUCGUUGGGAUAAAUUUUGAAAAUCGACAAAGUAUUUCACUAAACCCCGAGAAGGUAGAUAAUGAACCACAUAUUGCCAAUGAAGAUGAACCUUAUGUUUCUAUCGCUCCAGCAAGCCCAAUUAAGGAGUUUAAAAGCAAUCUCAUAUUCGAAGACUAUGAUUUCAUGUCCUCCAAUAACAACGAUAUAAAGCAUUCAGAACAUAAACAUAUAACAAAAACCCCAGUGCCAGACAACAACCACAACUCGCCAUCUGAUAUGGAUGUUAACAAAGUAAAAGAACCCAAGAGUAUAAAUGAACUUAAUGCAUCUACCCACGUUGAAGAUAAUAGUAACAUUAAUUUGGUGGGAGCAUCAGACUCAACGAUUCGAAGUUCCUUUAAAAAAGACGACAUAAAGGAGAACGGUUCCAAGCAAAUGGUGUUAAUCAACAGCAAUUGGCGUGACAACCGACAAAAAAUUUCGAUGAUCACACAUGAAGAAUAUUUAUUAAAGCCAGUGUCUUACAUGAGGCUGGAGCUCCCAAUAAUAUCAGCAGAAAAAGUUUCUCCGAGUGAUGAUGAAUUAAAGGUAAUCAGCAUGGAGCAAGAUGAAACGGCGAUUCACAUAGAAGAAACAGCGAAUCUAGACACAUCAUGUGACGAUGAAAUGCAUGUUGCCUCAGAGAUAUCUGUGCUUGAAUCAAUUCCAUCCGAAUUAUUACAGAAUGAACCUCCAAGCAUGUUCGUUGAUCAUCCAGAACAGAAAACUACGUUUGGAUCAGUUGUAGCCAGUGUUGAUGGAUCUCCUCGAGUUUCGAAUGUCACUCAAAUCGAUAAAUUUACAGAGCAAUCAUCUUUUAGACAAGAAUAUAGCACAAAAAUUUCGUCUGUGACAUACAAAACUACUACUAUAUUAUAUGAAACAUCAGGUAUACAGCAAGAAAUUGAUGAAUGUUACACAAAACCUCUUGUCCUUGAUCAAACAAUAGGACAAAACGAAUAUUUGCAAAAGACAAUUUUACUAUCUGACUUGUCAGUUGAUUCAGUAGAUCAAUCAUCAAAUUCGGUUCAAAUCAGUACGGAUAUCCAUAAAACUGAAGAUAUUAGCACCAUUCAUUCACAUGUUAUCCGUGGAGAGGCUGUGGAACAAAUUACGACCUCGGUGCAAAACGUUAAUGCACCAGUAACGCUUACUGUUUCCUCUAACGAUGAAAAAGUUGCAGAUCAAAAGAAACAAAACGAAUUAACGGAUAAACAAGUAUCUGUAAUCGAGAGCUGCUUAGAGAUUGUAUCGCCUAUUACCGAUGAAGAUGAUAAGAUUGUUUCAAAAGAAAAGGCUGAGGCUAAGUUCAAUGCUGGAAGUGAACAUCGUGAGUUGAUAUCAAAGUCGUCCAAGACUCCGUCUGAAACGAAAAGUGAAAUUACUGACGGAGAACAUCACCAAAUACGUAUGCAUGAAGAAGCGAUGAAGGGACAGAACCAAUGCCUUAUAUCUGAAAUAGGUUCAGAAAGUUUUAUAAAACUACCAUCAAUAUCGAGUGUCGAACCAGAAUUUGGAAAAAUCAUGGAUCAGACUGUGGAGCAUAUAUCAUCGGAAGAGUACACUUUGAUACAGACAUCUAAUUUGUUGGAAUACACUCAUAAACAAUCUGACAAUGAAAAACCGAAAAUAUUAACAAAUGAAGCAGCCGAUGCAGUAGAUCAACGGAUUAUUACGCCUGACGAUAAAAAGGUUAUAGAUGAUGAAAGCAUAUCAAUAAUGAAACAACAUGAACCAGUAAAGCAUGAUGCUAAUACUCCGUUAGAAUCUAUGGAUAAAUACGGAUCUGUGAUCGAAAGCUCCUUUGAGAUUGUGCCACCAAUCACUGUUAAUGAUGAUAACAUUGAUGUGAAAGAAACUACUGAACUUACGCUCAAUACUGUGCCCCAAGUGAUCGAAAAUUAUGAAGUAAUAACAAAGUCGCCAGAGUGUCCAUCUGAUACUACAGAUAAUCUUACUGACGAGGAACAUUACUUCCUACGUAUACGAGAAGAAGUGAUAAAGAAAGAGAAACAACGCCUUAUAUCUGAUAAAAAAUCAGAAAGCAUUAUGGAAAUAACAUCCAUUUCGAGCAUCGAACCCAAAUUUGAACAAUACAUGGAUCAAACUGUUCAGGAUGGAACUUCGGUAGAACACAUUUUGUUACGGACGAGUAAUGAAUCCAUCUGUCGUGAUAAAGAUUUGCUGGAAACCACUCAUAAGCAAUCUAGCGAUGAUAGUCCGGAAAUAUUAACAAACGAAAGAGCUGAACAAGGUAUGGCAUUGGUGCUAAACGUUGAUGGAACAGUUUCGUCUGUCGACAAAAAGACUAUAGAUGAAAAAUGCAUGCCAAUAUUGAAACAAAAUGAAUCUGUAAAACAGGAUUCUACGACUUCUUUGGAAUUGAUGGAUAAAAACAGAUCAGUAAACGAAAGCUGCUUUGAGAUUACAACACCAAUCAUCAUUGGUAAUGAUGAUAACAUCGAUUUGAAGGAAAACACCGAACUCCUGUUCAAUACUGUGUCGGUGGUGAUCGAACAUUCUGAAAUAAUAAAAGAAUCGACAGAGUCUCCAUCGGAUACUACGGGUAAUCUGAUACCAGAUACUAAAGAUAAUCUUACUGACGAAGAACAUUAUCUCCUACGUAUGCGGGAAGAAGCGAUAAAGGAAGAAAAACAACGCCUCAUAUCUGAUGUAAAUUCAGAAAACAUUAUGGAAAUAACAUCGAUUUCAAGUAUCGAAUCCAAAUUUGAACAACACAUGGAUCAAACUGUUCAGGAUGUAACUCCGGAAGAACACAUUUUGUCACAGACGAGUGAUGAAUUCAUCUGUCGCGAUAAAGAUUUGUUGGAAACCACUCAAAUGCAAUCUGGCGAUGAUAAUACGGCUAAUUCGGUUUAUGAAACAGACGAUAAAAAUACUGAAAAUGAAGAAUGCUUGCCAAUAUUGAAACAAAAUGAACCAGUAAAACAGCAUACUACGACUUCGUUAGAAUUGAUGGAUAAAUAUGGAUCUGUAAACGAAGGCAGCUUCGAGAUUGUAAUACCAAUCACUGGUAAUGAUGAUAACAUCUAUGUGAAGGAAAACACUGUACCUAUGCUCAACACUGUGUCCCAAGUGCUCACACAUACUGAAUUAAUAACAAAGUUGACAGACUCUUCGUCUGAUACUACAGGUAAUCUGAUCUCAGAUACUACAGAAAAUCUUACUGACGAAGAACAUUACCUCACACAUAUGCGAGAAGAAGCGAUAAAGGAAGAAACACAACGCCCCAUAUUUGAUUCCGAAGGUAAUAUGGAAAUAACAUCGAUUUCGAGUGUUGAACCCACAUUUGAACAAUAUAUAGAUCAGACUGUUCCAGACAUUACACUGAAAGAACACGUUUCGUUACAAAAGAAUAAUGAAUCAGUUGUUCAUAAUAAAAAUUUGUUGGAAAAUAUUCAGAAGCAAUCUGGCGAUCAUACUUCGGAAAUAUUAAAAAAUGAAGCAGCCGAACAAGAUGAUGCAAUAGAUCAGCGGAUUAUUUCGCCUGACGAUAAAAAGGCUAUAGAUUAUGAAAGCAUAUCAAUAAUGAAACAACAUGAACCAGUAAAACAGGAUGCUACUACUCCGUUAGAAUCUAUGGACAAAUACGGAGCUGUAAUCAAAAGCUCCUUUGAGAGUGUACCACCAAUCACUGUUAAUAAUGAUAACAUCGUUAUGAAGGAAACCACUGAACUUACGCUCAAUACUGUGUCCCAAGUGAUCGAACAUUAUGAAGUAAUAACAAAGUCGACAGAGACUCCAUCAGGUAACCUGAUAACAGAUACUACAGAUAAUCUUACAGAUGAAGAACAUUACAUCAUACGUAUGCGGGAAGAAGCAAUAAAGGAUGAGAACCAACACCUUAUACCUGAUAUACAAUCAGAAAGCAAUAUGGAAAUAAAAUCCAUUUCAAGCAUCGAACACAAAUUAGAACAAAAGAUGGAUCAGACUGUUCAGAAUGUAACAUCGGAAGAACGAAUUUUGUUAAUUACGAGUAAUGAAUCGCUUGGUCGUGAUAAAGAUUUGCUGGAAACCACUCAUAAGCAAUCUGUCGAUGAUAAUCCGGACAUGAUAACAAAUGAAGCAACCGUACAAGGUACGGUAUUGGUGCUGAAUGUUGAUGGAACAGAUCAACGGAUUAUUUCGCCUGACGAUAAAAAUACUAUGGAUGAAGAAUGCAUGUCAAUAUUGGAACAAGAUGAACCAGUUAAACAGGAAACUACUACUUCGUUGGAAUUGAUGGAUAAAUCCGGAUCUCUAAUCAAAAGUUGCUUAGAGAUUACACCACCAAUCACUAAUGUUGAAAACAUCGAUGUGAAGGAAACCACUGAACUUACGCUCAAUACUGUGUCCCAAGUGAACGAACAUUAUGAAGUAAUAACAAAGUCGACAGAGACACCAUCAGGUAACCUGAUAAAAGAUACUACAGAUAAUCUUACAGACGAAGAACAUUGUAUCAUACGUGUGCGAGAAGAAGGGAUAAAGGAAGAGAAGCAACAUCUUAUACUUGAUAUAAAACCAGAAAGCAUCAUGGAAAUAACAUCGAUUUCAAGUAUCGAACCCAAAUUUGAACAAUACAUGGAUCAGACUGUUCAGGAUGUAACACCGGAAGAACACAUUUUGUUACGGACGAGUAAUGAAUCCAUCUGUCGUGAUGAAGAUUUGUUGGAAACCACUCAUAAGCAAUCUGGCGAUGAUAAGCCGGAAAUACUAACUAAGGAAGCAGCUGAACAAGGUAUGAUAUUGGUGCUGAACGUUGAUAGAACAGUUUCGUCUGACGAUAAAAAGACUCUAGAUGAAGAAUACAUGCCUGUAAAACAGGAUUAUGCAACAUCAUUGGAAUCAUUGGGCAAAUAUGGAUCUGUAAUUAAAAGCAGCUUUGAUAUUGUACCACUUAUUACCGAGAAUGAUGAUAACACUAAUUCGAAAAAAGAGGUUGAGGCACCAUCGACAACGACUUCGUCUGAUCCAAGAAGUAGUAUUACUGACGUGGAACAUUAUCUCAUGCGUAUGCGGGAAGAAGCGACGAAAGAAGAGAACCAAUGCAUUAUAUCUAAUAUAAGUUCAAAAAGCAUUGAAGAAGUACCAUCGAUGUUAAGUAUUGAACCGCAAUUUGAACAAUACCCGAAUGUUGAACAUGUGACACCGGGAGAACAAAUUUUGAUACAGACGCCUAACGAAUCAAAUCGCAAAACAAAUUUGGAACUCUCGGAUAAUGCUAGUAAAAAUUCUGGCGAUGAUCGUCCAGAAAUAUUGACAAAUGAAACAAUUGAACAAGGAAUGGUAUUGGUGUUGGAUGUUCAUGCAACAGAUAAGCGGACUAUGUUGUCUGAUGAGGAAAAGUCUGGAGUUGAAGGUUGUUUGCCAAUAUUGGAACAAAAGAAAUCUGGAAGACAGGAUACUACCACUGCGUCGGAAUUAUUGGGUAAACAGGGACCUGGAUCCAAAAGUUGCUUCGAGAUUGCACCACCUAAUACUGAUAGAGACAAUAAUGUCGGUAUAGAAGAAAAGGUUGAAUAUACAAUCAAUACUGUGCCCCAAGAAAUCGAAGAUUCUGAAGUAAUAGAAAAAUCGACAAAAUCCUUGCCUGAUACAGUAACAAAUCUUACUGACGAAGAAGAAUAUCUCACACGUAUGCGGGAGGAAUCGAUAAAAGAAGAGGAACAGAGUCUUGUGCAUGAUAUCAGUUCUGAAAAUAUUUUAGAGGAACCAUUGAUGUCAAAUAUCGAACCGAAAUUAAAACAAUAUAUUAAUCAGGCUACUGCGUGUAUUGAUUUAGAUGUAACUCCAGAAGAGUACGUCUUGACGCAAAUGCGUGACGAAUCAAUACAUCGGGAUGAACAUUCUGUCGAAAAUACAACUAAACAAGUGGACGUUGAUCAUCUUGAAAUAUCUACAAUUCAUAGGGUGGGUUACACAGAAAUUAUCGAACCAACAUCGACAUACGAUGAAUCAGCUAAACUAAAAGAGGAAAAUAAAACGGGUCUGGGAUUGGAUGCACAGUCAUUUGAAACUGCAACAGCAUACACAAAAAUAAUCUCAUCAAUAGAUUUCGAAGUAUCACAAGAAAGUGAGGAAAGUGAGCUAGGUUAUUGUACUGAUGCGCAGGAACCCGAUAAGGUGAAUGUUUCGAAUUUAGUGCAGAAUGAACCAACGGAACAAGAUUGCUUUACAUCGGAGGAUCUGGCAGAGAAAUCAUUGGAAUCGUUUGAAUUCACCGACAAUUCUAAAGCCGAGCAUAUCGUGUACAUAGAACAAACUACUGAGGACAUAAUCAAUUCUGAACCAAUCAGUAGUGAUUCGAUGAAACGUGAUCCACACUUAACACAGUUAACGAUUGAUCAAUAUAUGGAAGUUGGUUUGAUAACGGAUCCAAAGUAUAAGUCUGAAAUACAACAUUUGUUGGCACAGAGUCGAGAAACAUUCGUAAACGAGAAAAAAGUUAACAUGGAGGCAACAUUGGAUUUCACGGAUUCUACACAAGUUAUAUUCGAAGAAUAUGACGAUGAAAGUGUAUCGGGUAAAAUAACAACGGGAGAGUCUAUUGAUAUCAACACUUCCACACGAACAAUUAUAGCUGAUAAAGAGAUCGAUUCAACAAAAAUUGAUACAGCGUGCACAGAUUCAAACAAAACAAACAAAAACGAAAAUUAUAAACAAUUCAAACCGGCGGGAGAUAUGUUUGUGUCGGAUGAGACUGUCGACGGAAAACUAUUUUCGGAUGACGUACAAAUAUUGGAUGAGGAGUUUGUCCUAAUUGAAAUGCAAAAUGAAUCGAGAAGAAAAGGAAAAGAUUCGUUGGCGAGUACACAAGAAACAAAAAUUGUUGAAGAAAGAACAAUUACCGGAUCCUUCAUUGAAAACAAACCAACAUCUGUUACGGUUAGUGUUGACGAUGGCGUGAAACAAGGUCAAGGAUUUGAACACGAAAAAACAUUUGUAUCAACAGAGGAUUGUACAAACCAGGCUAUGGAGCAAGAAAUUGGUGUGAUUGAUAUCUCAUCCUCGAUUGAUGUGAAUAUUUCUAAUGAAGAAUUUGUGUUAAAACAAAAAAAUCGUAGCACACAUGAAGAUGAGACAACUACAGAUCAACUCAAUCCGACAUCAUCAGCAGAUCAUAAUCGAGAAAUGAGUUCCAAUGAAUUAUCUGUCGACAAAAAUUUGAUUGACGCUACUGAAACGAGUAAUUCAUUUAACCUACCUGAUGGAAAACAGAAAAAUCAUACAGAACCAUCUGAUGCACCACCACUUCUAGACGCAGACAUUGAUUGCGAUUCUGGUUCAUUAUCCACAAACAAACAAAAACUCGAAUGCUUUACGGGAUCCAAACAAGAUGAUUUGCAUACAAACAUUGAAGUAUUAGUAGUAAGCGCAUCUUCUGGCGAAGAAGAUAUCACCAAAGAAGAAUACGUUCUUAUAAACAUGCGAGAUAAACCUAUAGGGCAGAAUCAAGAUGACAAAGAAAAUGUAUUACGUGAAGAAGAACCUGAAGUGAGCAUCGGGCAAGGUCAUCCAUCCUCUCACACCAAGACUACGGAUGAGGAAUAUGUGCUGAUACAAAUGCAACAUGAAUUCAUGGAUAUAGAUCAACCAACGUUACACCCUACUCUGGAAAUUUCAUUGUUAACUUCGGAAGAACAUCUGGUGACAGACAAUUCUGCUUCAGAGCAAGAACAAUCACGUCUUGUAUUUGAACCGAAUUCAGAAGAGAAAGAAGUCAUUACGCCUGGGAACGAAACGUCAUCAAUACAAGCCAACGAAUCGGUGGAAACUCUGGAGGAGGACAUUACAGAACUAAUAGAUACGCAGAUAACUGAUGAAGAAUUUACUUUAAUUCAAAUGCGAAAUGAAACGGAAAAUCAAGAUGAUACAGCUUCGAACAAAAAUAAAGAACAAAAAUCAAGCGAAGUAGAUUUGGUUCGAUACCCUUCGCAGAUGGUCGAAGCAAGUAUAGAGGUACGUGGAGGUCAGAAAAUGGAUGAUACGUCAACUGAACAACUUUCCGACAUAAUGGGCAGGAUUGCAGACAAACAAGAAAUUGAUGCGAAACCAAACAUUGCAGAUCUGGUCGUAGAUGUCGUAGGAAUAAUCGAUGGGGAGAACGAUUUAUUACAAAACCAGAGUGAAUUGGAAACAACCCUUCCGUCCAAAUCAAAGGAACUAGAUAGCAAACAAAAUUCUGAAGAGUUACUUGAAUUACCAGUUUACGCUACGCAUGAAAUCGUUGAAAACUUGGAUACAAAGGCUUAUAAUCAAGUUGACAUGCCUUACAACUAUGGAAUGUAUCGAGAUGCUGAGCUGUUAUUUUUCGAACACUUGUCAUCUGUUGAUAAUCAAGGUAUGCCAAUGAUACUACACGUCGAUUUAACAGAAACAGCAGAGUCAGUUUGUCCAGGAAAUGAAAACGACGUAAAGUUAGUGACAGAGAAACCAGAAAAGUCUACUAAUAACAAUUCUGACGCAUACGCGUUGUUGAAAAUGAGGGAAUCUGCACAUUUGCCAGAUGCUGAUAGGGAAUACUACGAAUUAGAGUCAAAAACCACUCUCGAAACUAUGUCAUCAACAUUUCAAAAUAGCGAAUCAGAAAAUGUUUUAAUGUCGAACGUAAAGAAUCCAGACGAUAAAACCAAACUUCUCUCCUCCCAAACUUCGUUUGUGGAUGAUGGUGUGUUGGUGGGCGAGUCUGUAAUAUACACACAAUCCACUGACAACAAACAGGAAAAGAACACACAAUUUACUCAAUCUUCAAUUUCCGGAAAUUAUGCACAGCAGCAAGUUGUUCUCGAGUGUAAAAAGUCUAUCGAAACUACAGAAGAAGCUAUUAAAGAGCAGCAAACUGAUAGUAAAAGUUCAAUCUCUUAUGAACGUGCUGCAUUGCCUCACGUAUUAGACUUCGAUAAAUUGAUUGAUGCUAGUAAAACUUUAAUUGAAUUGGAAAAAAGUCAUGAUUGCGAGACGUACAUUAAAAAUAAACAAAUGAAAUCCUUCAAGCGAAUUACCGAUGCUAAUGAAGCAGCAAAGCAAGAAUAUUUAGAAAAGAAAGCAAAAAGAUUACAAAAACGAAAGCUCAAAGAUGGCUGUGAAAUCACGAAACUUGACCAAGAACCGCAUUCAUUCAGUAUGAAGGAAUAUGUAGAAGUCGACAAAAGCACGAAGAUCCAUGUUCCUUCGGAAAUUCCCGGAAAGAUACUUUUAUAUUCAGAAGUCGUAGCUAUGAACAACAAACGCACAGAUGCUGAACUAAAUAAGACAACCCACGAUGUAGAUAGUUCACCGCAGUUAAGCGUUUCGUCCUCUCAAUUAAUUGUUCAUGGUUCUGGAAAAGUUAUGGACCAUAGUUCAACUCUGCCAGCACAAGACGGAAAGACUAUAUUGCUCGAAAAAGAAACAAGGUGUCGAAGUGAAGAACCAAAGACAGAGGGAAGUCAACAAAACGUGUACCCAGUCAGUACUGGGCCAAUUCAACUCGCUGAUACCAUGUCUCAAACUGAAAACACAUUGACUAUCGAAAAUUCCUCAAUUGAAAGUAAUGACUUUGAAAGGCUGCAGCCAGUUAGUGAAAUUGUAUUACUUAGUGGUUCAAGUGUAGAUGCUGAAUUAAGCGCUGAAGCAAUCGCUCCUUCAAAAACGACAUUCAAUGAAAAGCCAACAUCAACAUCACAUACCACCACAGAAAACUUGUUCCCACCCUCGUAUGAUUCGCAAGAUCGAUGUCUGUUGCACGAAAUAAAGAAAUCCAAUCUCGAAUUCCCGGAACCUCAUACUGGGAACAAAACUGAUAUUAAUGAUCAAGUUCAAUCAUCAAAGUCAAUAUGCGCUGAUGAAAAAAUUGAUACACAUGUCAAUAAUUUGGACCGCCUACACAAUUUAUUGCAAGAAAAAUGUUUUUAUAAUAAAUCGGUUUAUGUUGACGCGGAGAGUUUUUAUCACACAUGCAACACACAAGUUGGUGCAUCACUUGAGCAGGUCAUGGUUACUGAGGAUUUGAUGAAUAUCAGGUUAGAGGAUAAUCGAGAAAAAUCAGAUAAUCUUAUGUCAGAAAUACAUAAAGAGUUGUUAGUUUCUGAAAUAACAGAUCUAGAUACCGAGACAAAAUUCCAAACAUCAUCGAAAUAUGUGAUUAACGUGGCUAGUAAUCUCGAGGAGUCCAUUCAAGGUAUCCAAGAAGGGAAUGUGCGCAUCGUAGCAGGACCAUUACUGUUUUCCGAAGAUUCACAAGACCACAAAAGUGAAUUAGACCUGAUCAUUACUGGAAGCAGAACGCUCGCUCCGUUACAAGUGGAAAGUCGUGAAUCAGUUGAUUAUCAUAAUGCUGAAACCAACGAGAAAAUACCAAAAUCGAGCACCGAGUGCGAAGCGUUAAGUGCCAGUGAUUUAACUCAAACAACGAAUAUUAGUAUAAUUGUUGAUAUGAAAACUGAUGCACCAAUUGAUCGUUCUGAACAUUUGCUUAAUUUGUUACAAGAAAAAUGUUUAUAUGAUAAACCCACUUUGUAUGACGCAGAAAGUUUGUAUCAUAAAUGCCAAUAUGAGAAGUUUUCUUCUGAUGUUCCUUCACAUGUUCAUGAAUCGGAUGAAGAAAAAUUGAAAAAUAUUACCCGUAAUGCCUUACGCGAUUCUAAGGAUACAUGCGAAAAAACGAUAGUUACCGAAGAUAUAUUGAAGCUGGGUAGUACACAAAAUCAGUCAAGUGAAAAAUCAGAGUUAGGAUUGAAAAUGAGUAAUCACAGUCUCAGUCAAGACAUUCUCGAAGAGAAACUAACUAUAAUGGAAGAGAAGAAUGCAACUUCUAGAAAUACCGUUUUCGAUAAGCCCCAUAUAGAAAGUUAUGUAUCAGUUGAUGGUAUUUCACAUCUAUCUGAAAUCCAAGAACAGCAUCAAUACACUGAAUCAUACGCUGCAAAGCAAGAACCAAUUGCUGUGCGUGAAAAAAUCAUGAAAGCCAUUGAAUCAGAUCAGAGCUGUUUAACUAAACAUUACGAAUAUCUACUAAAUUUGUUGCAAGAUAAAUGUUUUUAUGACAAACCUAUUUUGGAUGACGCAGAGCGUCUUUAUCACAAAUAUUCGCGGCUAGUUGUUCAUUCGAAUAUUGUUGAGUCGCCAGACGAGUCCAAGAAUAAUACGCAAGAUAACAAAGAUUAUCGUGUUAGUUCCAUCGUUUCCGAAGAUAUUCUAAAACAAGAUAGAUCGAUAAUCACUAGUGAAGAGCUUUCAAAACAAACAACUGAGUUAGCCCAUGUUGCCAUAAGUAAUCCAUCUGUAACUGAUCUUACAACUACUGACGUUGAUCCAAAAGUAAUGGAAAGCCUGCUGGAACCAAUUGAAGACAUGCAACAGAAGAGUAUGUCCAUCACAAAACACCAACCGCAAUCAUCUGAUGAUUCACAAGAGCAGUGCCUUGUACAAAACAUCAGUAAGGCGAAUCUUUCAUCGGUGCCCGUAAAUCAGGAUCGAGAUCAAUAUUCCCGUUUCGAUCUAGAAACACCAGAAUCCGUGACUAAUGAACUGAUAACUGAAGAUGAACCACAAGUUUGUUCGUUUGACAAAUUUACUCUCGAUGGCGUAGAUAGUUCACCUGUUAUUCGCUCCUAUGCGCCUGAAUCUAUUCUCGAAAGUCGAGAAAAUACCAAAUUAUUGGAAGCUGACGAGGAUGAUUCGAAGAAUCAAUGUGAUUUACAUAAAACUGUUACCGAUAUUACCUCAUGCAGUGAUGAACCAGCAGUUAGGCAGCUACAACCAGCAACUAACAAUAUACUAACAGAAUUUACAAACACACGUCACUUCCCCGUCAUGCAUUCUAUUUGUCCCGAACCACAAUGUGUGCCCAAUAUCUUCCACGAUCCUGUCCCAUUUGAUUCGCUAGGUUCAACGAGCAACGUAGUACUAUGUAAUCCUAGAGAAAAUGUGGCUGAUAGCACUAUAAGUAAACAGACACAAAUCGGCAGCGUGGAAGACAUGUUGGAUGCGCUAUUAUCAGCUGAGAUGAAGAUGAAUAAUUUGCCAUAUGAUAACGUUAACGAUAUGAUCAAAGGAUUGCAGGUUCUAAUAGAGAAACUCGCCGAAUACAGGCAACAAAAUUAUGAAAUUUCAAUGAUGCUUCCACAAAACGCUGACGCUAAGGUGAGGGAGUCAAUCCGUCAAAUUGAUAAUAGGAUAGACUUUUUAAGACAACGCGCUAACGAUGGUCUGGAAAAAAUACAGCAAACAUUGAAAGCUAGAGAACAACGGAAAAGAGAAAUUCACAAUUAUAUACUAUUGUUGGAGGAAAUUGAAAUUUGGUUAUCCAAUACUUCAAUUCAACUCACAGACAUUCAAGAGAAUACAUCAGAACAAAGUUUGCUAGAAAUGCUAGAUCAAAAUAAAAUAAUAUUGGCGGAUCUCAAUAACAGGCUGUUUCAGUCCGAAUUGAUUUAUCGGGAAACAAAAGAUUAUCUUGAUUACGUUGAUGUACAAGAGAAAACACAAGCAUUACGUGAUGGUCUAGGAACAUUGACUCGAACGAUCAAAGAAAAGGCAUUGAUUCUGAAUAAUAACAUCCAACAAAUAAGUGAUAUUCUGGAUCCUAGUAUCAAUCUGAAAGUGGACAAUGAAAUGCAAACCAGUCCACCAAGUUCGAUUGGGAUGGUAGAGCCCGUGGUAACAACUCACCAAGAUAUUUCCUCCCAGACGCAGCCGGAUCGCCCCACUGAUAACAUCCUCAUAAUACAAUCUGUAGCAAAUGGAAAAGAAACUGUUCAUAUAUCAAAUGUUUGCAGAACGUCAUUUGUUAAUACAACAGAAGAUGUCAUCGUGGAGGCUAAAUAUACACAACCAUCUCCUGGAGACAGCAGAAAAACUUCGGAGCUUCUCCUAAAAAAUAUACCAACUUAUUUCGAAACGACGUUUGUUGAACCGGAUGAUAGUACUACCGAAAUAGUUGUUGAAAAAGAUGGGUCUAAAAAAAUCAUUCUUACAAAAUCCGUGCAUCAUAUAGAGUCUAUCGAUCCGUGUGAGUCCACGAAAGCAUCGAUAAUUGCAACGAUUGAACCAGAACCUCUAUCCGUCGUUAUUGAGAGUAAAGCUUUGGAAGUACAAAGCGAACCAAUUCCUACGUGCGAUACACUUGAGGCAGAGAACGUUGUCGGAGACAUUUUGGAAGAUCUUAAACAACAGGUGAUUAUCAGAUCAGAAAACGAAAAAGUAGAAGACUCUCAGGUAUUAGGAUCGCUUGCACAAAAAGUAGAUUUGGUUGCUUCCAUUGUUGUUGAUUCACAACCUAGUACUGUAUUUAGCACGCAAACAACAUCCUCCACUAACGAGAACCUUACAGACAACAGAUCCUCCCCGCUUAAAGUAAUAAACGACGAACCUAUUAUGAACAUAAGUGAAGUGUGGCCCCCGGAGGAAAUCGUGCUUCCAGAAGAAAACAUACCAAUAACGAAAACAUCAAUCUUUCCACCCGAGUCGAUUGCUGCUGCUGAGUCUACAACUCAACCGGGACUUGGUGGAGACAUAUGGCCUACCAAUUUGGAAACGGGAUCAAGCUACAUCGAAAUUGAACCACAAUUUCCACCACAAUCACCUCAAGAAGUUGAAGAUUAUACACCCACGGAUACAGUUCCGACAAUGCCUACUACUCAAAUAGACUCACCAUCCCAGCAAGAAACUACGCACGUCGGAGAACUGCCUGAUAAGAAAUAUAUUCCACCUUCUACUGUCAGCCCUUGUGAUAACCAGUUAUCGAUACAGCCAUCCGUAGAAGUCUCAACUGAACAAGUAGUGCUCGAUACUAUAUUGAUUGCAGAAAAGUCUGAAGAACAAAUCGAAGUGCCUGCAGUAAAUAUCAUCGAAACGGUUGUGCAUAUCGAUCAACCAACACAGGAGUUAUCGAUACAGCCUUCCGUAGAACACUCAACCGAAGAAGUAGUGCUCGAAACUACAUUGAUUGUAGAAAAGUCUGAAGAACAAAUCAAUGUGCCUGCAGAAAAUAUCAUCGAAACGGUUGUGCAUAUCGAUCAACCAACACAGGUGUUAUCGAUACAGCCUUCCGUAGAACACUCAACCGUAGAAGUAGUGCUCGAAACUACAUUGAUUGUAGAAAAGUUUGAAGAACAAAUCAAAGUGCCUGCAGAAGACAAUAUCGAAAAGGUUGAGGCUAUCGAUCAACCAACAGUGGAAGAACACGAGGUGGUUGCAAUUGAUGAAUGUGAUACAUCGAAAGAUCUGGAAGAGAACUUGACGUCUGUCGAAAAACCUGGUUCAACAGAACCUCAAGAUAUGAUAGCUCAACAAGUGAGUGAAAUGACAAGGAUAGACGAUGAUAUGGAAAAACAAGAUGAGCAGGUAUUGCCACAUAUUGAUCUUUCCAUGGACACAGAUCAAAAUGUUGUGGAGGAAGAGGAGACUGGAUCCGAGAAUAAACUUGAAGUUCAAGUUUCUUCAUCGAAAGAUUCUCAAGGGCUAGUUCAGUUGAGUGUGAACAUAGACCCAUCCGAUACUAAGAAAGUCAGUGUGCGUCUCAUUGAACUUCCAGCUCCCGACAUAACGAUAGCAAAGGAAGAAACUGAACCUUCAAUAAUUAUGAUCGCUGCACCAUCUGAAGAAGUGUUAGCUGAUCUAAGGGCUAUCGAGGUUGAUAAAGGUUAUGAAGCAGAUAAAACUACGGUAGAGGGCGACUCAGAGAAAGACGACGUACAGAAGAAAAAGAAACGCAAAAAGAAGAAACCAAAGUUUGAUGCAGACAAAGCGAUCAAUACUGAUAUAACUGAACCGUUUAUUGGGGUACCGGUCGUUGAUCAACAGGAAGAAAAUUUAUCACAUAAGCUUGAAACCAAAAUGGAUUCGUUGGAAUCUUGUCGGAGUUUCACUGAAGCUGAUCAAAAAGUAGUGCAUACAGUGAAUGUGCUUCAAGAAAGCGUUAUCGAGCCCGACGAAAUACUGGAAACAAUCGAACAAAAAAUCAUUGUAUCGACAGGAGUUUUUGAAGCAGUGUACGUCGAAGAUGCCCAUCAGCAGACGACACCUGUGCCAAUUGAACCAUCGGAAGAUGAAAUUGAUCGCGAGAUUGAGCGAAUAACAUCUGAAAAAUUAAUGGUACCCAUUGACGUAGGACAGAAAUCUAUGCAAACAUCACCUGUACCCGAGAUUUUGAAAACAUCACAUCAAACAUCACCAAUUCAACCACAUAUUGACGACUAUAACACGAAAGAGGUGCAAACCGUGGUAAAAUCAUUUGAUAUUGACACACAAACUGUUGAUGAGAUGAAACAUGAUCAGAAAGAACAAGAGAUUCAAACUGAAACGUUCACCGACAACAUUACCACGAAUGUUAUCAGUCUGGAAGAUACUGCUAAUCAGACCAUCACUAUUGACAUGACUGAAUCAGAUAUGCAAACUGUGGAAGAUGUUGAAGGAAUAGUUGCACCGAUUAUUCGAGAAAUUGUUUGUACUUCAAUUGACCGUGAUGUUGUAUACGAACCCCGGUCGAUUCAAACAAGCCCAAGUAUUGCGCUCAUGGAAGACCAGCUGCAUCCUGAUUUAAUCGUUCGAAAUGAAGGUGUACAAACUAUCGAGAUUAAUGUUUUCGAUGCACAAGUUGGAACGGAAAAUAUAGUUAAGGAUGGUUCCACAUCUCCUCAGCAACAACAAUUCAUUGCGAAAAUUGAUGUUCAGACUAGUCCCAUAGUUCAAGAUGUGCUAACUCAGACUAACAGUGUUCUUACAUCUGAUUCCCAAGCGCAAACAACUCAGUCGAUUGAUACGAGUGAAACUGUCUUAAUAGACACGACGAAGCCUACCAUUGAGAUAAAAUCUUCGUAUGAAGAUGAUAAUCAAAAUAAGAAGAAAAAGAAGGAGAAGAAAAAGAAGAAAGAUAAAUCAAUGCCCAUUGAAGUAGAAGUGCACACACAAUUGUUUAUGCCAGGAAGCAGCAGAGAAAUCGAACAAGUGACGUUAACGAAAAAUGUAAUGACGGAAAAUGUUAUCGAUGGGAAAAAUAAUCUAGAUCUGCACAUUCAAUUUGAAAUUGAAACUCCAAAGACAUAUUGCAUAUUAAAUGACGUGAUACCCGAUGAUAAGUCAUGGACGAUAAGCUUGUCCAAUUACUUUUCGAUUGUGAAAUCACAAAGAAACUUUGCCGAAAAUCAAAUAGUUCCUUGGAAUGAGAUGACGAAAAUGAUGCACAAACUAGAUUCUUCAAGUGAUGGCAAACCAACACAAUGUACUACAAUAGAUAUUUCAUCAAUUCAAGAUGAGGAUGAAAGUGAUGCUCUUGGGUUGGAAGGAGUUACGGAGCUUGUACAAUCUCACACCAACGAUGUUAAAUUUCAACACAGAAUUUUAUUUGAUGUACUAGAAAACAUAAACAAACACAUAGAGGACAUUUCAUGUAUAAAGUAUCCCUCCAACUCAAAUGACCCGAAUCGCAUGCGAUUGUAUCGUAUCUACAUAAUCAGACUGACUUACAUACGGAAACAUUUGAACAGUAUAAUUUCAUAUAUAUCUGAUAAUAACAUUGAUCAAAGCCAAGAUAUAUUGAAAUGUUAUGAACACACGCGAAAAUGUGUCGAUAUGAACAUCGAUACUAUCUCUUUACUAGAACGAAAUGAGCAGACAAAAGAAUCCGAAAUUAAUGACGUUGUGGAAUCAAUCCGCUAUAUCAAUCUGCAGCUCAGUUGUGCAGACGAAAAUCUUUCUAAUGUCGUCCAGAAUGAAAAUUUGUCCAUUGCUGAGAAAUUGGCACAUCUCAAAGACGUUGACGGAAAGAACAGUAAACUGUCCAAACAAAUACAAAUGAUUUCUCAUCAACUUCGGGAACAGAACUCAACGGAUGAUAAUUUGGAGAACGAUCUAGAAACUGCUGAGACAAUCGUACAUAAGCUGGAGAAUAAUAUCAUUGUAGAGCGCAACAAAUUACACCAGCUAAGUAGCUUAGCGGAAGAAUACGAGCAGACACUGCUAGAGUUCAAAGACAUCACGGCUGCUGCUAAAGAUUUUGUAGACAACAAAAUUGUAACCAAUAGUUUGGAGGAUUUGCAAGAAGAAAUGCAGCGGUAUCGUAAAUUUUUCGUCAAUUUGAACCAUUGUAAAAUGAUUUUGGAAUCAUUGGAAUCAAAUUUAGAUUCGAUAACUCGAAACAAACACGCUGAAUUACAUUCUGCGCUUUAUAACGAAACCCGCACCAUCUUGGAACGGGCCGUGGAGAGAGCUGGAAAGUUGGCGCAAGCAGCUUCUAAAUGGACAAUACUUGGAAAGGAUAUGCGCAAUGAAAUGCAAUGGCUGCAGGUCGCUCAGCAACGUGUCCCAGAUUUGAAAAAUGUUUCAUCCGAAGAUUUUGAGCAAUACAUUACAUUGUACGAAUCGCUAAAUCAAGACAUUAUUCAUCAUCAUGCAAAAAUGGUACAACAUAAUGAAGUCGCAAAGAAAAUGCAAGAGUUGAUUACCGCCCCAAUUCUUGAAAAAGACAGCUAUGAAGCACUUACAAUAAUUGUUCAGUUGAGAGAAGAGGUAUCCCUGUAUCUGAAGCUGUUAGGCAAAUUCAAAACACACUGGAAUAAAUACAACUUUUGUGCAGAUAAACUUGGAGACUGGAUUUGCUCGAGUCAAAAAACCCUCAAUGAAAUAAUAAUACCUAAAAAUUUAAUCGACACACCAGUUGAAGACAUGCGCACUUUCUGGGAGAUGAAGGCUCAAUAUGAAGUUUUGAACAACAAAGUGUACAAUCAUGUUUGUGAUUCUUUCGAUCAAGCGUUAUCUACGAUUAGUAUAAGCGAUGAACAGUUGCAGCGUCAACUUCACGGACAGUUGUUGGAAAAUUGGCUAGGGGUAUCUUCCAACAUAUCCAACGUUCAGAAGCAAAUAUAUGAAUCGAUGAAAACCGACACGACUCCACCUGCCGACAAAAUUGCAUUCAUUGAGCAGGAGUUGUAUGAUAUAUCGACGAUUUUCAACAAAAUGAAAGGAGUAUUGAAAUCCCAAGAAGAUCUUUACAUUUAUAUUGAAAAAAUGCAAAUUCUUCGUACUCGCAUUCAUCUCAUCGAUUCGGAACUUGGGCAAACCGCGUUAGCGCUCGACUGCAACAUUGAAAAAGUUGGUGAAAUAUUCGAAGUUUCUAGGAACUUGUCUCUACAGAUUAAUGAGGAACAUGAAUCAGCGGAGAUCCUCUAUAAGCGAUUGGAGGAUAUAGAGAGUGGCAUCAAAGAGCAAGAAAGAAAGUUGCAGGAAAUUUCUAAUGUACUUGAUGAAAGUUAUGCCAACUCCAACGGAAAGCGAAAUGAUGUUGAAAAAUCUCUUGAAGCUUGUAAGUUAUCCCAACUUAACUUGAGUGAUUCAUGGAAUGAAUUGAUGCGGCUGAGACAAAUGCUCCACACUUUGCCUAUGAAUUUGAAGGUUUCUGUAUCACCACUACAAACGGAACGUGAUUUAUCCAUGCUUCAAAAUAUCCAUAAUGAUCUAGAACGUAAAUGUGAGAAUAAUACGUCUCAGCUGAGAAAUAGAUUAGCACUGUGGAACAAAUUUCACCAUCAGCUUGAGAUUAUUCAAGAACAUAUACAAGAAACAGAAUUCAUGAUGGAGCUGCUCCAGGUGCAAGAAAGCGCGGACUAUAAUCGUUUGCUGAAAGCAACCGAACGAUUAGAUGCCCUACUAGUCGAAAUUGAAAGCAGAAAAAACACAAUUGAGAAUCUUGAAUCAAUAGCACAACCAUUGAUUGAAUCAUCGAAUGAGGAUGUUACACUGGAAAUUCAAGAAACGGUUCAGAAGAUCACUGUAGUUUGGCAAAAUACUCGCGAAAACUUGAGAGAUAUGUGUGAAAGAUACGAAAAAGCAGUGAAAUUGUGGCAACAUUAUCACGAUAUCUGUAUGAACGUUAAAAACUGGGUUAACCAGGAAUGUAUAGACUGUGAUAUUCUGAAACAUAUUAGGGAUACGCCACAGCUUGAAAUUUAUCGGAGCUCAAUAAUCGAUAAACAGAAGGAGCUGGAAAAAUUGAAGAACCUGAUAUACGAUAUUAAUGCGCAAGUUGGGUUCAAUGUAGGCAGUUCAUUGUUAUCGGAAAUUGAAGAAUAUAGUAAAAAACUAGAAGGAAUUCAAGAAAAUCUGAUUUCGCAUACCAACAUUGUUGAUAUGUAUAACAACCGCAAGACAGAGAAUCGGCUCAUACUCUCCAGUACAAACAACCUAAUUGAUCAGCUGCAACAGAAUAUGAAACAACAUCAACUGAACGCGGAUAUGAAUGAUAAGAUUAUUCAUCUUCGAGAAUAUAUGAUGAGUUUGAGUGCAACAGAAUCUCGUUUGAAACAAGUGGUUAACGAAAAAGAAGGCUACAAAAAUGAAGAAGAAAAUAGUAAUUUCAAAAGCUUGCACUCAUUAUCUCAGUCUCUUUUGCAAGACACAUUCCAACAGUACCAGGAUAUGCUACAACAGAUGGUGCUCAAAUGCGAUGAUUCUUACAUACUGAAGUUCUGGCAAGAUUACAUAAAUUUUGCACAAACAUUCCUUGCUCAAGACAUUCCAUGUGACGAAAUUAAGCUUCAGCAACUUGUGGAUCAAUACGUUUUGAUAAGCUAUCUUCUCAACAAUUUCAAAGCUACUCUAAUUGCAAAAUCUUCAAUUGAUGUCGAUCUGGCGGAAAAAUAUAAAAAUGUUGACCAGCAGCACAACGACUGUCUCGAAAAGAUUAACGACACAACUACCCGAAUUGACAUCAGAUUGCAGCAUUGGAAAAAAUUCAAAGCUAUCGAAUUCUAUUUAAAACAAUCCAUCACCGAUUUUGAAAGAGAAAAAUACACCCUGCAGCUGGAAUAUAUAAAUCUAAAGGAAUUACCACAAUUACUCGCAAAAGUAAGCAGACUUCAGCAACAAAUUCCUUACAUAGAAAAGAAUAUAAACGAUUUGAAUCAGGAAAUGAAUCAGAUAAUAUCAUAUUCAAAUGACGAGAACACAAUAAUUCGUCUGAUGAACGAACAUGGGAAAUUGGCACAUCAGUUUUUGAAGCUGAAGGAAAAUGUAGAAACAUGGGAAAAGUUCCUCUCUGGUAUUGUUGAAUUAAAUACGAGUUUCGAAGCGCAAUACAGUCAUAUUGAGCAUAACUUGAGCGAACUCAGCGAAUGUUUGGAUAACUUGAAACAGGACAAUAUCGGAGCAUCCCAGCAUCAUCUGAAUAUGCUUAAAAACGAACAACUACGAUUGAGUAAGCUUAAAGACGAACUAUUGAAGAUAAACAAUGCAAAGGACAAUCUAAAACUUUGCAUCAGCAUGUUCGACGCGAAGCUUAUCCAUAAGCGUGUUUGGACACUGUGGCAAUUCUUCGAGAAGCUGGAAUACUCAAUAUCAGUCUUGUUGAGGCAAAUGCAGGAGAGAUUACAAAAUUGUAAAAUAUUUUCGCAUCAAUAUAAUAUACUGAUAACUUGGAUGACAGACUUUGAAAAACGUAUUAAUGAUUCGAAUAAAUACCAAGUCUGUGAAGAUGAUCCAGUGUUUAUUAAAUCUGUAGAAGAAAUGCUUCUUCAAGAAAUGUCCUUAAAGGAAUGUGAAGUAGAUUGGCUGAAUACCAUUGGGAAGGAUUUAUGGAAUAAUCUGCAAGAAGGCGAAGAACGGACGGAAAUUGCAUCGAAACUGGAAUACUUGAAUGACGCUUGGAGAAAUUUAACCAGACUUUGCUACGACCGCAAACAGAAAAUCGCCGAAAUUGGUGUUACAACGAUGUCAUUACAACGAAGAAUCAAUGAAAUCAAAAUAUGGAUGACAUGCGUUGAGGUGGAUCUGAAAAAAUCAUUUGUGUUCGAGAACAUGGAGAAGACCAACUUGGACAAGCUGUUGGACGAAUAUGAAAAAUUGCAACGAUCGAUUGAGGGCAACAGUGGUAACGUAGCAGAAGUAUUGAAUCUGUGCGAAAUGUUUUUUAUGGACGUCGAAUCUUGGAAUGUUCACGUUGAUCGAAAGCUUAUAUAUCAUGAUAUUAACAACUUGGAAGUUAGGUGGAAAAGUAUUUGCCUGGAAUCUAGCAAAAGAAAGCAAGAUUUAAUAUCCAUCUGGAAUAUAUUAAUCGAAAUACAAAAAAUAUGUGACUCUCAUAAAAUCUGGGUUGAUCAGUUAGACAAAUGUUUGACGAAUCUGGAGGAACACGGAGACAAAAUCCAAAUUGAAGAUAUGGGCGAGAUCUUCGAGGAAUUAGCCAUCAAAACUGCUGACAUAACCGCGCAAGAUCCAAUUUUGCAUAUUCUCAGAGGGUUAUUCUUCACUAUGAACAAACAGAAACGCGUUGAUGGUCAUAAUAUUAAUAGUAUUACAUAUGCGUCGAAAAAAAUGCUAUCUCAAUGGGAAAGGCUUUUGGCAAGAUCUAACCAAGUGAAAAUCAAAGCUGAGAAAAUACAAUCGAUGUAUUCAAUAUUUAACAGUGAGUACGAAAGCAUAAUUAUGGCCCUGACCCAGAUCGAUGUACAAGUGACAAAAAUUAAACAUUUGUCAAAACCAACUGAGGACACACCAAAAACAAACUUGAAGCGGCUUCGCGAUUUGCACAAUGAAUUGCGGUUCAUCAUAAACCUCUUCGAUAAACAGGAUGAGACAGGAAGUUCACUGAUAGAACUUCUUACGAUAAAUAACCCACUUUCCCAGAAUAUCCAAGGAAAAAUCCAAGAAUACCAUCAGUUCGCAAAUAAUAUCAAACAAAGUUUAGAUGCUUUACUAGCAAUCACUAUUGAUCAAUCGGAAAAACAGAAAACUACAUCAAGAACUGAGGAUUCUGCGGUGCAAGUGAACACACUUCCAACGCUUUCAGUUCAUAGCAAAUCUAUAACGGCAAGAGAAGCUUAUCAAUAUCAGUUACAAUCCGCUUUGGCGGAAACAAAGCUACACCUGGACUAUCUACAGAAAGCGAUUAGUGAAAUACAUGUAAACAAUUUCAUGACUUCUACUCAGAAAGUUUCGAAGGCGUCCGCUGCUUGUGAGUCGUCUAUAGAAUUGAUCAAGCAUCUUAACAUAAUGAUGUUGUCGGAGUGUCAAAGCAGUGAAGACGAGGCAAUGAGUAAGACCGUCAACAAUGAAUGCGAGAGAUAUUCAACAUAUUUAACAGAGUGGCGUAUUAAACAACAAAAACUAGAAGAAUUAAGGUCUUUCCCUAUCGCUUACCAUUUCAUAUGCAUACACAAUGACGAUUAUCUCACUUGUCCGUUAUGUACGAAUAGAAAUUGGCAGCAAAUUGACAAUGACCUUUGGCGAUUGGAACAAUGGUUAUUGAUGGCUGAGGCGACUCAGAAAAAUCAACAUUCAAAUCCACCCACUGAUAUCGAUACGCUGGAAGAUACAAUUCAGGAUCACAGAGAGUUCCUGUUGGACCUGGAUAGCCAUAAAAGCAUUAUCAAAUCGCUGAACAUUGUGGGCGAGCAUUUAGCCACUCACACACUUGAUACCGAGAAGGCUGUGAAACUACGAGAACGACUUCAAACGGACAAUCAACGAUGGGAAAAAGUCUGUAAUACGGCUUCACGGUGGCAGUCACAACUGCAUCGUGCACUGAUGGAAAAUAAGGAAUUCCAUCGAACCGUGAUGGAAUUGUGCUCCUGGCUGGAGAAUACGGAAGAUAAAAUCAAAAACUCAGAACCCAUCGAUUUGACAACAGACAAGAAGCUCAUUGAAAGAAAGUACAAAACCUUCAGGGAACUGCGAAGUGAAUUAGUGCGUUGUGAGCCAAGAGUUGUGAGCUUGCAGGAAACUACAUCACAGUUGACUAAAUAUUUAGAGGAAAAUAAAUCCCAGAAUUUCGAAGAGAUAUACGCAAAACUAACGGAUUUGAGACUGAGAUUCCAUUCAAUUCGAAGACUGGUAGAAAUGUACACAAUCAAAAUAGGAGCAGCCAUUGGAAAUGAUCCUACUAUCGAGACUAACAGCUUAAUGUCAAGUGAAAGCAGUCAAGAGAUUCAAGGCGGUAGUGGAUCGCUCAUAUACUUAACAGCACAAGAGUCGAAUGCAAAUGUCCAAGACGAGGAAGACGAGAACCACAUCAACACAACGAUACUGACAAGAAGUUAUCGGUUUUUGGGCCGCGUUCUUCGUGCUUCAUUGCCUAUCCAGGCGAUGCUGCUGCUGCUCUUAGGCGUCGCCACCCUCAUGCCCCACGGUGAAGAUUAUUCAUGCUCCCUCACCAACAAUUUCGCUAGAAGUUUGGAGCCGAUGCUACGUUACCCGAAUGGACCACCUCCGAUUUGAGGUUAUACGUUGACUUUUUACUAAUUAUUGUUCCUGAAAAAAAAUCAAGUGCAAUAAAAUCGAUAAAAUAACUAUCCUAUUAACAAAACUUAACUUAAACGUUUGUCACUCUUUAAGUAUUAACAAUAAUGAAACAGAAAUAAAGGUAAUAUAUACGUUUCGAUCA